AUGUACCCUUCCUAUGGCUCUCUGGUCCCUGUCCUACUCUGGGUCCUACUCUGGUCCCUGUCCUACUCUGGGUCCUACUCUGGUCCCUGUCCUACUCUGGUCCCUGUCCUACUCUGGUCCCUGUCCUACUCUGGUCCCUGUCCUACUCUGGGUCCUACUCUGGUCCCUGUCCUACUCUGGGUCCUACUCUGGUCCCUGUCCUACUCUGGUCCCUGUCCUACUCUGGUCCCUGUCCUACUCUGGUCCCUGUCCUACUCUGGUCCCUGUCCUACUCUGGUCCCUGUCCUACUCUGGUCCCUGUCCUACUCUGGUCCCUGUCCUACUCUGGUCCCUGUCUUACUCUGGUCCCUGUCCUACUCUGGUCCCUGUCCUACUCUGGAACCUGUCUACUCUGGUCCCUGUCCCUACUCUGGGUCCCUGUCUUACUCUGGGUCCCUGUCCUUACUCUGGUCCCUGUCCUACUCCUGGUCCCUGUCCUACUCUGGUCCCUGUCCUACUCUGGUCCCUGUCCUAACACUGGUCCCUGUCCUACUCUGGGUCCCUGUCCUACUCUGGUCCCUGUCCUACUCUGGUCCCUGUCCUACUCUGGUCCCUGUCCUACUCUGGUCCCUGUCCUACUCUGGUCCCUGUCCUACUCUGGUCCCUGUCUUACUCUGGUCCCUGUCUUACUCUGGUCCCUGUCCUACUCUGGUCCCUGUCCUACUCUGGUCCCUGUCUUACUCUGGGUCCUACUCUGGUCCCUGUCCUACUCUGGUCCCUGUCCUACUCUGGUCCCUGUCCUACUCUGGUCCCUGUCCUACUCUGGUCCCUGUCUUACUCUGGUCCCUGUCCUACUCUGGUCCCUUGUCUUACUCUGGUCCCUGUCUUACUCUGGUCCCUGUCCCUACCUGGUCCCUGUUCCUUUCGUACUUGGUCCCUGUCCCUUACUCUGGUCCCUGUCCUACUCUGGUCCUGUCCUACCUGGUCCCUGUCCUACUCUGGUCCCUGUCUACUCUGGGUCCUACUCUGGUCCCUGUCCUACUCUGGUCCCUGUCCUACUCUGGUCCCUGGUCCCUACUCUGGAACCUGUCCACUCUGGUCCCCUGUCCUACUCUGGUCCCUGUUCCUACUCUGGUCCCUGUCCUACUCUGGAACCUGUCCUACUCUGGUCCCUGUCCUACUCUGGUCCCUGUCCUACUCUGGUCCCUGUCCUACUCUGGUCCCUGUUCUACUCUGGUCCCUGUCCUACUCUGGUCCCUGUCCUACUCUGGUCCCUGUCCUACUCUGGUCCCUGUCCUACUCUGGUCCCUGUCCUACUCUGGUCCCUGUCCUACUCUGGUCCCUGUCCUACUCUGGUCCCUGUCUUACUCUGGUCCCUGUUCUACUCUGGUCCCUGUCCUACUCUGGUCCCUGUCCUACUCUGGUCCCUGUCCUACUCUGGUCCCUGUCCUACUCUGGUCCCUGUCCUACUCUGGAACCUGUCCUACUCUGGUCCCUGUACAUGGUGUACAGAAUAAGCUUUGUGUGGUCUGCAGUCUUCUAGCCUAUUCUCUGAAUUCACUCUGAUCUCAAUAACAUAUUGAUGUCCCAUUCCUACUCCUCUAAUUUCAUGAGUUUAAUUAAAGUAGCCAGCGAGGGAGGUAAGAGGCACUCAACAAAUUAGGGACUUGUUCAAUUGAAUCACCUUUAGACUGUCCUUUGUGAGACUGCGAUACCUAGAGAAUGUUAUUGGCCCAUUGUGACUGCUGUUGUAUUUGGUUACUGUAGUCAUUUACUGGGCAGCAAAGUCCUAGUGGAUUGUCUCAUUGUCUAUGCGGCUUAGCGUGUGCGUGUGUGCGUGUGUGUGUGGUUGCACUUGUGAGUGUUUAAUGGUGGUCAGCAGCACAAGGGGAAGUAAUAUGUAUUGAUCCCAGUGGGGCUGGAUCUCAUCAAGGCUUUCCUUGGGUCUGUAGUCUGCACCGCUUCCCCAGGAGUCCCUAGGGAGGAUGUCAAUCUUAUACAGCACCCCCCCCCCCCACACACACACACACACACACACACACACACACACACACACACAGAGAUUCAACCCACACACACACAUUGAUUCAGCGCACAUCAUACAUAGUCAUCCCUCUGUGUAUCCAGAUAAUCACACUAACCUUUUCUUCAUGCUUUAACAACCACCUGUCAUCUCUUGGUUUUGAGACAUAUAUUAGAGAUUGUCAGGAAGAUUAAUCUGAAACAGUAGGUUCCCUGUAUGGAAGAUUCAACUGAAACAGUAUGUUCCCUGUAUGGAAGAUUCAACUGAAACAGUAUGUUCCCUGUAUGGAAGAUUCAUCUGAAACAGUAGGUUCCCUGUAUGGAAGAUUCAUCUGAAACAGUAGGUUCCCUGUAUGGAAGAUUCAUCUGAAACAGUAGGUUUUGUUUAACACUUUUUUGGUUACUACAUGUUUCCAUAUAUGUUAUUUAAUCGUUUUGAUGUAGUUACAAUGUAGAAAAUAGUAAAAAAUAAAGAAAAACCCUUGAAUGAGUAGGUGUUCUAAAACACACCGGUAGUGUGUAUAUAUGAAUUAUAUAAUUUACUUUUUUCGGUAUUGAAAAUAGUAGUGGCCCCCCCUGUCUGUUGUAGAGUAGUGCCCCCCCCCCCCCCCCCCUGUCUGUUGUAGAGUAGUGCUCCCCCCCCCCCCCCUGUCUGUUGUAGAGUAGUGCCCCCCCCCCCCCCCCCCUGUCUGUUGUAGAGUAGUGGCCCCCCUGUCUGUUGUAGAGUAGUGCCCCCCCCCCCUGUCUGUUGUAGAGUAGUGGCCCCCCUGUCUGUUGUAGAGUAGUGGCCCCCCCCCCUGUCUGUUGUAGAGUAGUGGCCCCCCCUGUCUGUUGUAGAGUAGUGCCCCCCCCCCCCCUGUCUGUUGUAGAGUAGUGCCCCCCCCCCCCCCCCCCCCUGUCUGUUGUAGAGUAGUGGCCCCCCCCUGUCUGUUGUAGAGUAGUGGCCCCCCCUGUCUGUUGUAGAGUAGUGGCCCCCCCCAUCUGUUGUAGAGUAGUGGCCCCCCCCAUCUGUUGUAGAGUAGUGGCCCCCCCCCUGUCUGUUGUAGAGUAGUGGCCCCCCCCCAUCUGUUGUAGAGUAGUGGCCCCCCCCUGUCUGUUGUAGAGUAGUGGCCCCCCCCUGUCUGUUGUAGAGUAGUGGCCCCCCCUGUCUGUUGUAGAGUAGUGGCCCCCCCCCAUCUGUUGUAGAGUAGUGGCCCCCCCCUGUCUGUUGUAGAGUAGUGGCCCCCCCUGUCUGUUGUAGAGUAGUGGCCCCCCCUGUCUGUUGUAGAGUAGUGGCCCCCUGUCUGUUGUAGAGUAGUAUAAAUAUAAAAAUAAAACAACAACAAAAAAAGUGUUGAGAAAAAAAGAGCAGAAGUAAAAUAAAGUAACAGUAAGGAGGCACUAAAUGGCAUAUUAUUAUUAUUAUUAUUAUUAUUAUUAUUAUUAUUAUUAUACAGGGGGGUACCGUUGCAGAGUCAAUGUGCGGGGGCACCGGCUAGUUGAGGUAGCUGUGUCCACUGUUCCAGUAUUGUAAACAGUGAAUUAGAAUUCUUAUUUAGGGUCAGUUUAUGGGGACUUAAAUGUUAGCCCAUUUAGUUGUGGCGUGAAGCUGAAGCCUUUAGUUGUGGCGUGAAGCUGAAGCCUUUAGUUGUGGCGUGAAGCUGAAGCCUUUAGUUGUGGCGUGAAGCUGAAGCCUUUAGUUGUGGCGUGAAGCUGAAGCCUUUAGUUGUGGUGUGAAGCUGAAGCCUUUAGUUGUGGCGUGAAGCUGAAGCCUUUAGUUGUGGUGUGAAGCUGAAGCCUUUAGUUGUGGUGUGAAGCUGAAGCCUUUAGUUGUGGUGUGAAGCUGAAGCCAAAAUAGCAAUUUUUUCAAGGAACACCUGGCCAAUGUAAUGGCUCUAAGAUGUCAAGGGACACCUGGCCAAUGUAAUGGCUCUAAGAUGUCAAGGGACACCUGGCCAAUGUAAUGGCUCUAAGAUGUCAAGGGACACUUGGCCAAUGUAAUGGCUCUAAGAUGUCAAGGGACACUUGGCCAAUGUAAUGGCUCAAAGACAGCCCCCCCCCCCCCCCCCCCCCCCUCCGCACCUCUCUGAUUCAGAGGGGUUGGGUUAUACGCAGAAGACACGUUUCAGUUGAAUGCGUUCAGUUGUACAACUGACUAGGUAUCCCCCUUUCCCUUUCCCACCAUUAACACAGCAACAGCCCAGCCAGUCUCGUUACAAUCACAUCGGCAGUGAUUAUCACUACUGUCUGCUGUUGAUCAGCACUGAUGCCCAAUGGGUACUUGACAUGGAACUUGCAACUAAACAUCCAUCAUGUUGGGGGAGUGGUUGGUAGUAUGUUGUGGGUGUUCAGCUGCAAUUCUCAGCCUGCUACUUGUUGUUUAUGAGGUAGCCGGUGAGUUGCCUCGAUUUAGUUACGAAAAAACAAGAGAUCUUCGAAACCAAAAAAAAUCAAACAUUGUCUCAAGCGUUGUGGUGUUAGCAUUACCUGGUGGAGUUUAUUAGGUGUGUUUCAACACACAGCUGCAGCGGUGUGCCGCUGUGCCCUCAAAUGUCCUGUUGUGUGCCAGGUCUCCCUGUGGCUUUCUACCCCACAGUGUUAAUCUGGAGAAGUUCCUGGGAGAACGCAUGUCAGAUGACGCUGCCAUAGGAACUCUGCUGCUGCCGUGUAGGUCUAGAUAUUUAUAGCCCAGAUUUACCCUAAGGUGUCCCCAAGGAUCGUUUUGUUAUUUUUCCUUGCUCCUAAAGACCUUCCCUGUUGUGACGGUUUGAAUCGUUGCAGUAUUAGAGGUUAAUGUAGCCUAAUACACUCAGUGUGUUUCAAUGUAGCUAGGUCUCGUAAUGUAGCCUAAUACAACAAAAAUAUAAACGCAACAUGCUAUUGCUUAGGCCUAAUCAUGGCUGUCUCUUUUUGAAGGUCUAUUAAGGUAUUUGUAUUAAUAGUCUAGAUCGUUUCACUACCUGGGAUUGUGAUUUAAUAGCCAUGAUAUACACUGGAUCCAACCAAUGACUGGUUAUUGCACUGCUUUAAUGCUUGUGAUGCAUUAUGCAUCCACCAGUGUGGAAAGAGGAUCAACCAAAUGUCCAGGCUAUCUUUCAAAUGGUAACUAACUACCAGCUAGUCCACUGAGAUGGGAGACAUUAUCUCAAUUACUCUCAUGAGACCUAGCUAUAAUGAACAAAAAUAUAAACGCAACAUGUAAAGUGUUGGUCCCAUGUUUCAUGAGCUGAAAUAAAAGAUCCCAGAAAUGUUCCAUACGCACGAAAAGCUUAUUUCACAUCCCUGUUAGCGAGCAUUUAUCCUUUGUCAAGAUAAUCCAUCCACCUGACAGGUGUGGCAUAUGAAGAAUCUAAUUAAACAGCAUGAUCAUUACGCAGGUGCCCUUUCUGCUGGGGACAAUAAAAGGAAACUAAAAUGUGCAGUUUUGUCACAACACAAUGCCACAGAUGUCUCAAGUUUUUGAGGGAGCGUGCAAUUGGAUUUUUUAUUUUAUUUCACCUUUAUUUAACCAGGUAAGCCAGUUGAGAACAAGUUCUUAUUUACAACUGCGACCUGGCCAAGAUAAAGCAAAGCAGUGCGAUAAAAACAACACAGAGUUACAGAUGGGGUAAAAAAACAUAAAGUCAAAAAUACUACAGAAAAUAUAUAUUGCUGACUGAAGGAAUGUCCACUAGAGCUGUUGCCAGAUAAUUUAAUGUUAAUUUCUCUACCAUAAGCUGCCUCCAACGUCGUUUUAGAGAAUUUGGCAAUACGUCCAACCGGCCUCACAACCACAGACCACGUGGGCGAGUGGUUUGUGCUGAUGUCAAUGUUGUGAACAGAGUGCACCAUGGUGGCGGUGGGGUUACGGUAUGGGCAGGCAUAAGCUAAACACAACAAAAACAAUAGCAUUUUAUCGGUGGCAAGUUGAAUGCACAGAGAUACCGUGUCGAGAUCCUGAGGCCCAUUGUCGAGCCAUUCAUCCGCCUCCAUCACCUCAUGUUUCAGCAUGAUAAUGCACUGCCCCAUGUCACAAGGAUCUGUACACAGUUCCUGGAAGCUGAAAAUGUCCCAGUUCUUCCAUGGUCUGCAUACUCACCAGACAUGUCACCAAUUGAGCGUGUUUGGGAUGCUCUGGAUUGACGUGUAUGACAGCGUGUUCCAGUUCCCGCCAAUAUCCAUCAACUUUGCACAGCCAUUGAAGAGGAGUGGGACAACAUUCCACAGGCCACAAUCAACAGCCUGAUCAAUUCUAUGAGAAGGAGAUGUGUCGCGCUGCAUGAGGCAAAUGAUGGUCACACCAGAUACUGACUGGUUUUCUGAUCCACGCCCCUUCCUUUUUUUUAAGGUAUCUGUGACCAACAGAUGCAUAUCUGUAAUCCCAGUCAUGUGAAAUCCAUAGAUUAGGGCCUAAUGUUCCGGGGUGGGGGGGUCCGGGGGUGGCAUACCCCCCGGGGAAUUUGUUUUGCAGAACAAGCUCUAUUUUGGUGGCCUCUGGUACAUUCUAAUGCCUUUGAUUCCAUCCGAAACACACAGCUAAAUUCUUGAAUACUUUAACGACUUUUCCUCCCAGAUCGGUAAAAUGAGUUAUUGUAUUGAGUAGAAAGACAUGACUUUACAAUUAAAAUGACAGAAAAUGUACGAGUUCAGUGUGUUGUUGUUUUGGAUAUCGUCGAGGCCUAGACCUAUAUCAUCAGGACUAUCUUACAAGUAAGACGACAUCAUAACAUGAAACCUGUCUUCUCUUGAGAUUCAAGUCAUAUUUACAGCUUUACUACCAGAUAUGAAUGGCCACAAUGAUGUUUGUUCUUCAAAUGAUGUAUUUUAUUAGCUCUGCUGCUGUGGACACUCAGGGGAAGGAAACCAAUGUGUCAUUUUGUAAUUUGGGUGAACUAUCCCUUUAACAGUUUGGCCUGUCAAUCAAUCACUGUGUGUGGGCUUGUCAGGGGAGGGGGCAGGAUGUUUGUGACUCAAGGAAUUGGUAGGGUUCCCGACCUGUCAAUCAAUCACUGUGACCUGUCAAUCAAUCACUGUGGGUGGGACUUUGAUGGAAGGUGGUAGAUUAGUAAUCUAGUCUGAAAAACCAGUCUACAUUUAUCGUGGCAAAAAACCUAAGAAAAAAAUAUUGUGUUCUGUCAAGUAAACAUGGAUUCCCUGCUGAGAAACAAUAUAUAAUUGCAGGAAAAUUGUUUUUUUAGAAAUGCAAACAUAUUCAGGGGUAGGACCCCCCACCAGAUUGUACAAACCCACUUUUAUACAAAGCCAGGGGCCCAUGAAUAGACUUACAAGUAUGAUGGAAGAAUGAAGCAGGUGUUAAACGUGGGCUUUGCUACACAGAAAGCAGGUGUUGCUACUCCAUAGUCGAAAUUUGAAUCAAAUCAGUAGACCUUUAUCGUUAUCUUUAAUAAUACCGUAUACGUACCAUUAGCUUUUAUAACCUUUCAUCUGUUUUCUUUUGCCAUAUUUUGGACCGGAAGGAGGCUCUCUAUGCGCUACCUACUGUUCCUGCAGUGAGGAUUCAACAUCUUCAUCGAAUGUUUUCAUAAUUUAUCUGCAGAUUAUCGGCAAAAAGCAGUAGUAGCCUACCAGUAUGCAAAUUAGGGAGCCAAAUGAACGGCUCUCUCACCGAUGCGAUUCGGUUCCCGAAGUUCACCUAAAAGAUCAGUUCAAAAAGAGCCGUUUGUUCGCGAACAACCCAUCACUAAGCUACACUGACAAGUCACUUUAGCGGUCACUGGCCAGUCUCGACAUGGGCUUUGAAUCCUAGGAAAAUACAAACAAAGGUCUUUGGUUUACUGUCCUGAUGCGAUACCAUGGACAUAUACAAUGGCUUGCGAAAGUAUUCACCCCCCUUGGCAUUUUUCCUAUUUUGUUGCCUUACAACCUGGAAUUAAAGUCAAUACUUUGUAGAGCCACCUUUUGCAGCAAUUACAGCUGCAGGUCUCUUGAGGUAUGUCUCUAUAAGCUUGGCACACCGACUCCGUGGCUGUAUAGUCCUAUGAAACACGCGAAAUAAAAUAAAACAUUACGUGGAUUUCAACUCAUCUUUACCAAUUAAAUUAGCCUACAGGGAAUGUGUAAAUUCACUCACAGGGGACGAUGAAGAAGCCUGCAGCCAACCACAGCGUACAAAAAUAACAAAGGUUCUGGGAGGCGGGACAGACAGAAGACUGACAAACCAGCAGUUUCCCUGUCAUCGCUCGCUUUGUGAAUGACAGGCCCCCUGUCCUAUCAGUAGAUCACUAGAAGAUGCAUAUUGUUCAUUCUAGCGGGAGCUGGCUAGACAGACUUUUCUGAUUUAGCGAAUUGAAACUUUUCAAUAAAAAGAAGCCUAGUUAAUUUAACGAAGUGGAAAAAGUAGCCGGCUUACAACGAGUCUGUUAUCGGUUAUUUAGCCGACUGCCGGCGCUUAUGGAAAACACUGCUUACUGUGUACUGGGACAACAUUGUGGUAGUAUUAUUAUUGAAGCAUGAUCAACCCAUCUAUCGUCCAGCAUUGCAAGGACACAUAUUUAGUGAUUUAUGAUGCAUUUCGCCUUUUCAUAUUCAAGCGUAAUGGGGGGCAAGUAUCCAAACCAAUUCUAGUUUUUAAAUGAAUGUCUUUGGAAGUUGAGUUGAACUUUUGGAAAUGGAUGGAUUGGAACGGCCUACUUCUUCUACCAGGCUGCAACGGUGACUGGACUGGGGGCCCACCAGAACAGAAUACCAGCUGCAGUCGCUAGCUUUCUGCUCUGGAUAAAAGCACGCUAUGCUCAUUUGUGUUCAGAGGGUCACGUUGUUGCACACUGAGGUCAUGUCUACUUCACCGCCAUUAUUAUACUCGCUCAAUGUUGUUUUCACACACACACGCACACACACACGCGCACACACACACACACACACCAGUUUAUCCAAGAUGGCGAAGUAGUGCAGUUCUGUUUUUGUCGUGUGUCUGUAAAUAGCCUGUAAAUACCCUGUUUUUUUUUUGUAUUUUUCGUACAUAUUUCCCUAUCAGACUUUUCAUCCUUCUACAAAAUAUACUUUCCUGCAACCCGCCUCACUCAAUGUGGAACGGAUUCUAUUAUUGACUUACCUUUUAUAUAGAAUCUCCAGUUGAAACUAGCUAGCCAGCUAACUAGCUACUUGCUAUUAGCCACAGUUAGCGGUAUUUCACCCAGAACAUUGGAUUUUUUUUUCUUCUGCAGGAUUAAUUUAAUCACUGGAUAUUAAUCACCGGAUAUUCGGCCAGUCUGCACAGCGCGUUAUCGACCCAGAACAUAUCAGUUUUUCUGCCUGAAUCACUGGACCUUUAACUCCGGAUUCAUCGCUACCAGCUAGCUUCAACUAAAUGGACGCUGUGGUCUGGCUAAUCAUCCUGAGCUAGGCCCAUCUCCCGGCUAUCUACCUCUCUGUCAACCGGACGGGACCACCUAGUGUUGACACGGAGCCCCGCUGAUCCUACACGACUGGUCUGCCGACGAAAUCGUCUGAUGUGGUUACGACGACGUCGACCACGAAGAUUCCAUCUGCUAGCCCCGGCCCGCUAGCACACGCUAGCCGUGGCCUCUUACCUGCUAGUGCUUUAGCAGCCUCCGAACUAUCCUAUUGCUGUUCACCGGACCUUAUGAUAACUCAGCUAUACAGCUGAUGUCUGCUGGACUGUUCCUUUUUACGGUACUACAUCCUGUUUAUGUUUAGCCUCAGCCCAAACAUGGUUAGCUUAUUGUUGUUUCGGUUAUUUCUAAUUGUACUAUUUCACUGUAGAUCCCCCCAGCCCAGCUAAACCUGCCGUAGAUAGCUCCUUUGUCCCACCCCCCAUACACGCAGAGACCGACUCAAUUGAUGCCUCUAGUGAUACUAUCUCUUUCAUUGUUACCCAACGCUUAGGUUUACCCCCACUUUACUCAUAUCCUUCCAUAUCCUUGUCUGUACAUAAUGCCCUGAAUCUUUUCUACAACACCCGGAAAUCUGCCCCCUUUAUUCUAUGUACCCAACGCACUAGAAGACCAGUUCUUAAAGCCUUUAGCCGUAUCCUUAUUCUAGUCCUCCUCUGUUCCUCUGGUGAUGUAGAGGCUAACCCUGGGUAGUGGGUUCGAUCCCCGGGACCACCCAUACACAAAAAAAAAAAUGUAUGCACGCAUGACUGUAAGUCGCUUUGGAUAAAAGCGUCUGCUAAAUGGCAUAUUAUUAUAUUAUUAUAACCCAGGCCCUGCAGCCCUCAGUAUCACUCCUACUCCCCAGGCGCUAUCAUUUGCUGACUUCUGUAAUCGCAAAAGUCUUGGUUUCUUGCACGUAAACAUCAGAAGUCUACUUCCUAAGUUUGAGUUAUUCACUGCGUUAGCCCACUCCGCCAACCCUGAUGUUCUAGCAGUGUCUGAAUCCUGGCUCAGGAAGGCAACCAAAAAUUCUGAAAUGUCCAUCCCCAACUAUAACAUUUUCCGUCUAGAUAGAACUGCCAAAGGGGGUGGAGUUGCAAUCUACUGUAGAGAUAGCCUGCAGAGCUCUAUCAUACUAUCCAGGUCUGUGCCCAAACAGUUUGAGCUUCUACUUCUAAAAAUCCACCUUUCCAGAAAUAAGUCUCUCACUGUUGCCGCUUGCUACAGACCCCCCUCAGCCCCCAGAUGUGCCCUGGACACCAUAUGUGAAUUGAUUGCCCCCCAUUUAUCCUCAGAGUUCGUACUGCUUGGUGACCUAAAUUGGGAUAUGCUUAAUACCCCGGCCAUCCUACAAUCCAAACUAGAUGCCCUCAACCUCACGCAAAUUAUCAACGAACCUACCAGGUACAACCCUAAAUCCGUAAACAUGGGUACCCUCAUAGAUAUCAUCCUGACUAACAUACCCUCUAAAUACACCUCAGCUGUCUUCAACCAGGAUCUCAGCGAUCACUGCCUUAUUGCCUGCGUCCGUAAUGGGUCCGCGGUCAAACGACCACCCCUCAUCACUGUCAAACACAUCCUAAAACACUUUAGCGAGCAGGCCUUCCUAAUUGACCUGGCCCAGGUAUCCUGGAUGGAUAUAGAUCUCAUUCCGUCAGUAGAGGAUGCCUGGUUGUUCCUUAAAAGUAAUUUCCUCUCAAUCUUAAAUAAACAUGCCCCAUUCAAAAAAUACAGAACUAAGAACCGAUAUAGCCCCUGGUUCUCCUCAGACUUGACUGCCCUUGACCAGCACAAAAACAUCCUGUGGCGUACUGCAUUAGCAUCAAAUAGCCCCCGCGAUAUGCAACUUUUCAGGGAAGUUAGGAACCAAUAUACACAAGCAGUCAGGAAAGCAAAGGCAAACUUUUUCAAACAGAAAUUUGCAUCCUGUAGCACUAACUCCAAAAAGUUUUGGGACACUGUAAAGUCCAUGGAGAAUAAGAGCACUUCCUCCCAGUUGCCCACUGCACUGAGGCUAGGAAACACUAUCACCACCGAUAAAUCUACAAUAAUCGAGAAUUUCAACAAGCAUUUUGCUACAGCUGGCCAUGCUUUCCAUCUGGCUACCACUACCCCGGCCACCAACUCUGCACCCUCCGCUGAAACUUGCCCAUGCCCCCCCCCGCUUCGCCUUCACACAAAUUCAGACAGCUGACGUUUUGAAAGAGCUGCAAAAUCUGGACCCCUACAAAUCAGCUGGGCUAGACAAUCUGGAACCUUUCUUUCUAAAACUAGCCGCCGAAAUUGUCGCAACCCCUAUUACUAGUCUGUUCAACCUCUCUUUCAUAACGUCUGAGAUCCCCAGAGAUUGGAAAGCUGCCGCGGUCAUCCCCCUCUUCAAAGGGGGUGACACUCUAGAUCCAAACUGCUACAGACCUAUAUCCAUCCUGCCCUGCCUUUCGAAAGUAUUUGAAAGCCAAGUUAACAAACAGAUCACCGACCAUUUCGAAUACCACCGUACCUUCUCCGCUAUGCAAUCCGGUUUCCGAGCUGGUCAUGGGUGCACUUCAGCCACGCUCAAGGUCCUAAACGAUAUUAUAACCGCGAUUGAUAAUAGACAGUACUGUGCAGCCGUCUUCAUCGACCUGGCCAAGGCUUUCGACUCUGUCAACCACCGCAUUCUUAUUGGCAGACUAAAUAGCCUUGGUUUCUCAAAUGACUGCCUCGCCUGGUUCACCAACUACUUCUCAGAUAGAGUUCAGUGUGUCAAAUCGGAGGGCCUGUUGUCUGGACCUAUGGCAGUCUCUAUGGGGGUGCCACAGUGUUCAAUUCUUGGGCCGACACUUUUCUCCGUGUAUAUCAAUGAUGUCGCUCUUGCUGCUGGUGACUCUCAGAUCCACCUCUACGCAGACGACACCAUUUUGUAUACAUCUGGCCCUUCAUUGGACACUGUGUUAACAAACCUCCAAACGAGCUUCAAUGCCAUACAACACUCCUUCAGUAGCCUCCAACUGCUCUUAAACACUAGUAAAACUAAAUGCAUGCUUUUCAAUCUAACGCUGCUGGCACCCGCCCACCCGACUAGAAUCACCACUCUUGACGGGUCUGACCUAGAGUAUGUGGACAACUACAAAUACCUAGGUGUCUGGUUAGACUGUAAACUCUCCUUCCAGACUCACAUAAAGAAUCUCCAAUCCAAAGUUAAAUCUAGAAUCGGCUUCCUAUUUCGCAACAAAGCCUCCUUCACUCAUGCUGCCAAACAUGCCCUCGUAAAACUGACUAUCCUACCGAUCCUUGACUUCGGCGAUGUCAUUUACAAAAUAGCCUCCAACACUCUACUCAGCAAAUUGGAUGUAGUCUAUCACAGUGCCAUCCGUUUUGUCUCCAAAGCCCCAUACGCUACCCACCACUGUGACCUGUACGCUCUUGUUGGCUGGUCCUCACUACAUGUUCGUCGUCAAACCCACUGGCUCCAGGCCAUCUAUAAAUCACUGCUAGGCAAAUCCCCGCCUUAUCUUAGCUCAUUGGUCACCAUAGCAGCACCCACCCGUAGUCUGCGCUCCAGCAGGUAUAUCUCACUAGUCAUUCCCAAAGCCAACACCUCCUUUGGCCGCCAUUCCUUCCAGUUCUCUGCUGCCAAUGACUGGAACGAAUUGCAAAAAUCUCUGAAGCUGGAGACUCUUAUCUCCCUUAACUUUAAGCAUCAGUUGUCAGAGCACCUUACCGAUCACUGCACCUGUACACAGCCCAUCUGAAAUUAGCCCACCCAACUACCUCAUCCCUAUAUUGUUAUUUAUUUUGCUCUUUUGCACCCCAGUAUCUCUAUUUGCACAUAAUCUCUUGCACAUCUAGCAUUCCAGUGUUAAUACUAUUGUAAUUAUUUUGCACUAUAGCCUAUUUAUUGCCUUACCUCCAUAACUUGCUACAUUUGCACACACUGUAUAUAUAUUUUCUGUUGUAUUUUUGACUUUGUUUUUUACCCCAUAUGUAACUCUGUGUUGUUUUUGUCGCACUGCUUUGCUUUAUCUUGGCCAGGUCGCAGUUGUAAAUGAGAACUUGUUCUCAACUGGCUUACCUGGUUAAAUAAAGGUGAAAUAAAUAAAAUAAACACACACACACACACAAACACACACACACAAACAAACAAACAAACAAACAAACAAACACACACACAGAGGAGGUUGUUACAAGGUGAUGGGUGUAUUUUUGUCCACAGCAGUGCAGCAGCCAACAGUUUGUUUUGCCCUGGGUGUUGUGUCUAGUUAUAGCCACAUGGCCCUUCGUGGCCUAUAGUGAUCCCUGGGUGUUGUGUCUAGUUAUAGCCACAUGGCCCUUCAUGGCCUAUAGUGAUCCCUGGGUGUUGUGUUUAGUUAUAGCCAUAUGGCCCUUCGUGGCCUAUAGUGAUCCCUGGGUGUUGUGUUUAGUUAUAGCCAUAUGGCCCUUCGUGGCCUAUAGUGAUCCCUGGGUGUUGUGUCUAGUUAUAGCCACAUGGCCCUUCGUGGCCUAUAGUGAUCCCUGGGUGUUGUGUCUAGUUAUAGCCACAUGGCCCUUCGUGGCCUAUAGUGAUCCCUGGGUGUUGUGUUUAGUUAUAGCCACAUGGCCCUUCAUGGCCUAUAGUGAUCCCUGGGUGUUGUGUCUAGUUAUAGCCAUAUGGCCCUUCGUGGCCUAUAGUGAUCCCUGGGUGUUGUGUUCUAGUUAUAGCCACAUGGCCCUUCGUGGCCCUAUAGUGAUCCCUGGGUGUUGUGUCUAGUUAUAGCCAACAUGGCCCUUCGUGGCCUAUAGUGAUCCCUGGGUGUUGUGUCUAGUUAUAGCCACAUGGCCCUUCGUGGCCUAUAGUGAUCCCUGGGUGUUGUGUCUAGUUAUAGCCACAUGGCCCUUCGUGGCCUAUAGUGAUCCCUGGGUGUUGUGUCUAGUUAUAGCCAUAUGGCCCUUCGUGGCCUAUAGUGAUCCCUGGGUGUUGUGUCUAGUUAUAGCCACAUGGCCCUUCGUGGCCUAUAGUGAUCCCUGGGUGUUGUGUCUAGUUAUAGCCACAUGGCCCUUCGUGGCCUAUAGUGAUCCCUGGGUGUUGUGUCUAGUUAUAGCCACAUGGCCCUUCGUGGCCUAUAGUGAUCCCUGGGUGUUGUGUGAGGCCGCAGCCUGUCAUGCACACACACACACACACACACACACACACACACACACACACACACUGGGCUGUCAUCGCUGCAGGGGGUGGCUUAUAAGGCAGCUAACUGUUCUGUAUUCAGCUGUAACCUCACCUGACCCAUGCAGCCCAGUGGGGCCCACCAGGGUCUCAGUCUCAUAGUGGGACACUUCUGCUGCCGUGUCAUACGUAUCCCCACCUGACCCCGUCCCUGCGUCCCCUCCUCCACUCCAGAGGAGCCCUGGGAUUUGCGGAGCCAACAGAAACAGGAGAGCAGAGUAGGGGACAGCUAGUGGAAGUGCUGAGAGGGCUGGGAGAUACUCAAUCGGGCAGUAUUUCUGUAAAUAGGUAGGGGAAAAAUGCCCAGUUCAACGUAAUAUACUCUAGUGUACUGGUAGUAUUAUGUUGUAUCUGGUAGUAUCUAUUAUUCAUACUGUUUAAAGGCAGCAGGAUGCAAUGCGGUCCCAGUGUUUUCCAUAAGCUCCGGCCUUCUGCUAAAUAGCCGAAAACAGGCUCAUUGUAAGCCAGCUACUAGGCUUCAUUUUUAUUUUAAAAUGUCAAUCCGUGAGUCAGAAAAGUCUGUAUAACCUUCUACUGCUUUCUGCCGAUUAUCUGCAGAUAAAUUAUGAAAACAUUCGAUGAAGAUGUUGACUCCUCACUGCAGGAACAAUUAGGAGAGAGAGCCUCCUUCUGGUCCAAAAUAUGAUAAAAUAAAACAGAUUAAAGGUUUUAAAAGCUAAUGGUACUUGUAUGAUAUUAUUAAAUAUAUUGAUAUAGGUCUACUGAUUUAAUCUAAGUGUCGACAAUGGGGUAAUCAACUGCUGGUUUAACACCUGUGUCAGUCUUCCAUAACACCUGUAGGUCUAUUCAUGAUUUUGUUUCUCGACAGGGAAUCCAUGUUUACUUGACAGAACACAAUCUUUUUUUCUUUUUGCCCCAAUAAACUACAUUGAAAGACUAGUUUUUCUGGGUAGAUUACUGAUCUACCGCCAUCCCUCAAAGUCCCACCCACAGUGAUCGAUUGACAGGUCGGGAACCCUACCAAUUCCUUGAUUCACAAACAUCCUGCCCCCUCCCCUGACAAGCCCACACACAGUGAUUGAUUGACAGGCCAAACUGUUAAAGGGAUAGUUCACCCAAAUUACAAAAUGACACAUUGGUUUCCUUCCCCUGAGUGUCCACAGCAGCAGAGCCAAUAAAAUCCAUCAUUUGAAGAACAAACAUCAUUGUGGCCAUUCAUAUCUGGUAGUAAAGCUGUAAAUAUGACUUGAAUCACAAGAGAAGACAGGUUUCAUGUUUGAUGUCGUCUUACUUGUAAGAUAGUCCUGAUGAUAUAGGUCUAGGCCUAGACGAUAUCCAAAACAACAACACACUGAACUCGUACAUUUUCUGUCAUUUUAAUUGUAAAGUGAUGUCUUUCUACUCAAUACCAUAACACAUUUUACCGAUCUGGGAGGUAAAGUCGUUAAAGUAAUCAUUAAUUGAGUUGUGUAUUUCGGAUGGAAUCAAAGGCAUUAGAAUGAGAAUUAGAAAGACCACCAAAAUAGAGCUCGUUCUGCCAACUCCCUGGCUGGCUACUACUUCUCUGCUGUUUCCGCUGGCCCCGGAGAAGUGAACAGAUGAGUUCCGACACGGCUCUGUUCUUCUCUCUCCGUCCCUAGGAGGCAGACAGCUGGGAAAUCAUUGAGGGGCUGAAAAUCGGUCAGAGCAACGUCCAGAGGCCAGAUAAACACGAGGGCUUCAUGCUGAAGAAGCGGAAAUGGCCGCUGAAAGGCUGGCACAAGGUAGGGUCUGAUGGGCGACAGAGAGGCAACACUUGUACUUGUUUUCAUCGAUUUCCUUGGUGCAAAACCCCUUCAGAAAAGUCAUCAACCACAUCUUCUUUCAGAUAGAGUACAUUCAUUUCCAGAGACAAGUACUGUUAUUCACCUACUCAAUGUUUGUUCUUGUUUUUCCACAGCGUUUUUUUGUCCUGGACAAUGGGAUGCUGAAGUACUCCAAGUCACCCAUUGAUGUGAGUAACCCUGACUAGUAGCCACGGGGCUGGGAUGGAGGGCGGGGAUGGAGGGCAGGGAUGGAGGGCAGAUAUGGAGGGCAGGGAUGGAGGGCAGGGAUGGAGGGCAGAUAUGGAGGGCAGGGAUGGAGGGCAGGGAUGGUGGGCAGGGAUGGAGGGCAGGGAUGGUGGGCAGGGAUGGAGGGCAGGGAUGGAGGGCAGGGAUGGGGGGCAGGGAUGGAGGGCAGAUAUGGAGGGCAGGGAUGGAGGGCAGAUAUGGAGGGCAGGGAUGGUGGGCAGGGAUGGUGGGCAGGGAUGGUGGGCAGGGAUGGAGGGCAGGGAUGGUGGGAAGGGAUGUAGGGCAGAGAUCGAGGGCAGGGAUGGAGGGCAGAUAUGGAGGGCAGGGAUGGAGGGCAGGGAUGGCGGUCAGGGAUGGGGGGCAAAGAUGGAGGGCAGAGAUGGAGGGCAGCCUCAGUUGGCAUCACUAUGGCACCAUGGUAACUUAGCAGAAACACCCCAAGGGUCACUCUACUCAUUGUGUUUCUGUUGCCCAUGUCGGUCUGUAGGAAAUCUCCAAAUGACUGGCAAAACUGCUGCGUCCACACUAAUCUGAUGUUUCCAAAGGGUCCUUCCUUCCACAGUGUCUCCUGGAAGCAGCCAUGUUCUUGUGAGCCUUGAUCUCUUUGAACCAAACUGACAAACUAGCCUCACUGCAUGAUAUUGCGUAAUAGUGCAGAAUGAUGAUUCAUGGUGGUUACUUUUGAAGACGACUUCAAGUAGGCCUAUAAGACUUCAAGUAGGCCUAUAAGACUUCAAGUAGGCCUAUAAGACUUCAAGUAGGCCUAUACGACUUCAAGUAGGCCUAUACGACUUCAAGUAGGCCUAUACGACUUCAAGUAGGCCUAUAAGACUUCAAGUAGGCCUAUACGACUUCAAGUAGGCCUAUAAGACUUCAAGUAGGCCUAUACGACUUCAAGUAGGCCUAUAAGAGUCAAGUAGGCCUUUCGAUCAUGAUCCUAUAUCUUUCUUUCAUCACCUUGACAUUCCAUUUAUUUAUACAGCAACAAUGAGAUACCAUACCUGCUCACAUGACUUAUGUUAACUCUCUUUUCUAAGAUUCAGAAAGGCAAGCUCCAUGGUUGCAUUGAUGUGGGUCUCUCUGUCAUGUCCAUUAAGAAGAAGGCCCGCCGCAUUGACUUGGACACAGAGGAGCAUAUCUACCACCUCAAGGUUAGCGUGACAGAGAUGGAUGAUAGGAGUCUUGCCCUUCUCUGAAGGCUUGUCUGAGGGAAGAUUACAAUUUCUAUGUACAAUAGCCUACAUCCUCUCUUCCUCUCAUCUCUCCUCUCUCCUCUGUCUUCACUCUCUUGUUGUCCUCUUGCACUUCCGUCUCUCGGUCAUCCUGUCUCGCCUUCCGCCCUUGUCCUCGCUCAGUCUCUCAGCCUCCUCUCUCCAUCGCGUCUCCCUGUCAUCAACUUUCCGUCUCUCCUUCAUCUCCUCUUCCUCUCUCCUUCCUCGUCUCUCAUUCUCCUUUCUCUCCUUCCUCUCUCUUUCCUCUCUCCUUUCCUCUCUUCUUUCCUCUCUCCUUUCUUUCUCUCUCUCUCCUUUCCUCUCUCCUUUACUCUCUCCUCUUCCUUUCCUCUCCUCUCUUUACAGAUCAAGUCUCCAGACAUCUUUGACUCCUGGGUGGUCAAGCUGCGCCACCACCGUCUCUACCGGCAGAAUGAGAUUGUCCGCUCCCCCAGAGACGCCCCCAUAAGGACGUUUCCUCCCCCUGCCAGCACAGAGUCCCCCAUCCCUCACCCCCACCCCCAGCCAGCUCCCUCCCCCGCUGCAGGACAACAUGAAGUAAAGGUGGGCUCCACUUCCCUGUCAGUUAGGUUCACUUCCCUGGCGGUUGGCUCCUCUUCCCUGUCGGUUGGCGCCUCUUCCCUGUCGGUUGGCGCCUCUUCCCUGUCGGUUGGCUCCUCUUCCCUGUCGGUUGGCUCCUCUUCCCUGGUGGUUAGCUGCUCUUUCCUGUCGGUUGGCUCCCCUUCCCUGUCAGUUAGCGCCUCUUCCCUGUCGGUUGGCUCCUCUUCCCUGUCGGUUGGCUCCUCUUCCCUGUCGGUUGGCUCCUCUUCCCUGGUGGUUAGCUGCUCUUUCCUGUCGGUUGGCUCCCCUUCCCUGUCAGUUAGCGCCUCUUCCCUGUCGGUUGGCUCCUCUUCCCUGUCGGUUGGCUCCUCUUCCCUGUCGGUUAGCGCCUCUUCCCUGUCGGUUAGCGCCUCUUCCCUGUCGGUUAGCUCCUCUUCCCUGUCGGUUGGCUCCUCUUCCCUGUCGGUUAGCUCCUCUUCCCUGUCGGUUGGCUCCUCUUCCCUGUCGGUUAGCUCCUCUUCCCUGUCGGUUAGCUCCUCUUCCCUGUCGGUUGGCUCCUCUUCCCUGUCGGUUAGCUCUGCUCUUCCUGUCGGUUGGCUCUCUUCCCUGUCGGUUGGCCCUCUUCCCUGGCGGUUAGCCCUCUUCCCUGUCGGUUGGCUCCUUUCCCUGUCGGUUGGCUCCUCUUCCCUGUCGGUUAGCUCCUCUUCCCUGUCGGUUAGCGCCUCUUCCCUGGUUAGCUGCUCCUUUCCUGUCAGUUAGCGCCUCUUCCCUGUCGGUUAGCGCCUCUUCCUGUCGGUUAGCGCCUCUUCCCUGUCGUUAGCGCCUCUUCCCUGUCGGUUAGCGCCUCUUCCCUGUCGGUUAGCGCCUCUUCCCUGUCGGUUAGCGCCUCUUCCCUGUCGGUUAGCGCUCUUCCCUGUCGGUUAGCGCCUCUUCCCUGUCGGUUAGCGCCUCUUCCCUGUCGGUUAGCGCCUCUUCCCUGUCGGUUAGCGCCUCUUCCCUGUCGGUUAGCGCCUCUUCCCUGUCAGUUAGCUGAGCACAGUUGUUCUCUGCUGUGGUAAGAUGAGCUCUUUUCUGUCUGACCCACAUUCAAAGCUAUUAACGUUUCAGUAUACAGCCACUCAACAUUUUAAUUUUUGACUGGUUCUAUUACUACUAACAGCCCUGUUCAGUUACUGAGCUAAUUAUGAGACUAAUGGCUCUGAAUCUAAAUCAAAUAUGGCCUUAAUGGGUAAUGCUGUAAGUAAUUACAGUGGGUAAUGCUGUGGGUAAUUACAGUGGGUAACGCAGUGAGUAAUUACAGUGGGUAAUGCUGUGGGAUAAUUACAGUGGGUAAUGCUGUGGGCAAUUACAGUGGGUAAUUACAGUGGGUAAUGCUGUGGAUAAUUACAGUGGGUAAUGCUGUGGAUAAUUACAGUGGGUAAUAUUGUGGGUAAUGCUGUGGGUAACUACAGUGGGUAAUUACAGUGGGUAAUGCUGUGGGUAAUUACAGUGGGUAAUGCUGUGGGUAAUUACAGUGGGUAAUGCUGUGGGUAAUUACAGUGGGUAAUGCUGUGGGUAACUACAGUGGGUAAUUACAGUGGGUAAUGCUGUGGAUAAUUACAGUGGGUAAUGCUGUGGGUAAUGCUGUGGGUAAUUACAGUGGGUAAUGCUGUGGAUAAUUACAGUGGGUAAUGCAGUGGGUAAUGCUGUGGGUAAUUACAGUGGAUAAUGCUGUGGGUAAUGCAGUGUCACCUUAUAUUUGUCUAUGAAUGUGUUAAGACAAACACAAUGUCCCCAGGGAGAGGAGAGUCUGGACUGAAUCCAUUAGGACAUCAAACAGGCCUGUAUUCAGAGCAGCUGGCAGACUGGAUCCAUUAGGACAUCAAACAGGCCUGUAUUCAGAGCAGCUGGCAGACUGAAUCCAUUAGGACAUCAAACAGGCCUGUAUUCAGAGCAGCUGGCAGACUGAAUCCAUUAGGACAUCAAACAGGCCUGUAUUCAGAGCAGCUGGCAGACUGAAUCCAUUAGGACAUCAAACAGGCCUGUAUUCAGAGCAGCUGGCAGACUGAAUCCAUUAGGACAUCAAAACAGGCCUGUAUUCAGAGCAGCUGGCAGACUGGAAUCCAUUAGGACAUCAAACAGGCCUGUAUUCAGAGCAGCUGGCAGACUGAAUCCAUUAGGACAUCAAACAGGCCUGUAUUCAGAGCAGCUGGCAGACUGAAUCCAUUAGGACAUCAAACAGGCCUGUAUUCAGAGCAGCUGGCAGACUGAAUCCAUUAGGACAUCAAACAGGCCUGUAUUCAGAGCAGCUGGCAGACUGAAUCCAUUAGGACAUCAAACAGGCCUGUAUUCAGAGCAGCUGGCAGACUGAAUCCCAUUAGGACAUCAAACAGGCCUGUAUUCAGAGCAGCUGGCAGACUGAAUCCAUUAGGACAUCAAACAGGCCUGUAUUCAGAGCAGCUGGCAGACUGAAUCCAUUAGGACAUCAAACAGGCCUGUAUUCAGAGCAGCUGGCAGACUGAAUCCAUUAGGACAUCAAACAGGCCUGUAUUCAGAGCAGCUGGCAGACUGAAUCCAUUAGGACAUCAAACAGGCCUGUAUUCAGAGCAGCUGGCAGACUGAAUCCAUUAGGACAUCAAACAGGCCUGUAUUCAGAGCAGCUGGCAGACUGAAUCCAUUAGGACAUCAAACAGGCCUGUAUUCAGAGCAGCUGGCAGACUGAAUCCAUUAGGACAUCAAACAGGCCUGUAUUCAGAGCAGCUGGCAGACUGAAUCCAUUAGGACAUCAAACAGGCCUGUAUUCAGAGCAGCUGGCAGACUGAAUCCAUUAGGACAUCAAACAGGCCUGUAUUCAGAGCAGCUGGCAGACUGAAUCCAUUAGGACAUCAAACAGGCCUGUAUUCAGAGCAGCUGGCAGACUGAAUCCAUUAGGACAUCAAACAGGCCUGUAUUCAGAGCAGCUGGCAGACUGAAUCCAUUAGGACAUCAAACAGGCCUGUAUUCAGAGCAGCUGGCAGACUGAAUCCAUUAGGACAUCAAACAGGCCUGUAUUCAGAGCAGCUGGCAGACUGAAUCCAUUAGGACAUCAAAACAGGCCUGUAUUCAGAGCAGCUGGCAGACUGAUCCAUUAGGACAUCAAACAGGCCUGUAUUCAGAGCAGCUGGCAGACUGAAUCCAUUAGGACAUCAAACAGGCCUGUAUUCAGAGCAGCUGGCAGACUGAAAUCCAUUAGGAAUCAACAGGCCUGUAUUCAGAGCAGCUGGCAGACUGAAUCCAUUAGGACAUCAAACAGGCCUGUAUUCAGAGCAGCUGGCAGACUGAAUCCAUUAGGACAUCAAAACAGGCCUGUAUUCAGAGCAGCUGGCAGACUGAAUCCAUUAGGACAUCCCAAACAUACAGGCCUGUAUUCAGAGCAGCUGGCAGACUGAAUCCAUUAGGACAUCAAACAGGCCUGUAUUCAGAGCAGCUGGCAGACUGAAUCCAUUAGGACAUCAAACAGGCCUGUAUUCAGAGCAGCUGGGUCUGGGUCUGGCUCUGGGCCUGGUCUGAGCCUGGUCUGGGCCUGGUCUGGGCCUGGUCUGAGCCUGGUCUGGACCUGGUCUGAGCCUGGUCUGAGCCUGGUCUGAGCCUGGUCUGAGCCUGGCUCUGGGUCUGGCUCUGGGCCUGGUCUGAGCCUGGUCUGAGCCUGGUCUGAGCCUGGUCUGAGCCUGGCUCUGGGUCUGGCUCUGGGCCUGGUCUGGGCCUGGUCUGGGCCUGGUCUGAGCCUGGUCUGAGCCUGGCUCUGGGUCUGGCUCUGGGCCUGGUCUGGGCCUGGUCUGGGCCUGGUCUGAGCCUGGUCUGGGCCUGGUCUGGGCCUGGUCUGGGCCUGGUCUGAGCCUGGUCUGGGCCUGGUCUGGGCCUGGUCUGGGCCUGGUCUGAGCCUGGUCUGAGCCUGCAUGGCCUCCUACUGAUCAGCACUCUCACAGGGCCUGAGACUGAGUCAGUAAAUAUCUGCUGCUUUGAAGUGAUGUUGAUGCAGAAGGGAUGUCUUUGGUGGUUGGACAUUUAGAGUUGUGGCCCACAUACUAUAUCUUGUCCUUUUCUUCAGCUAUUAUACGGAUUUCUCUUAGAAAGCAUGGAAUUAUCUUAAACUUUCUCCUGGCAAGCCUGAAACAUAAUGUUUUUAUCACAUCUCAUGUGUGUUAUACAGGUGUUCUAGACUGAGGUGUCUUAACUAACUAACCCCUUUGUCUCUCUCCAUGUCCUCCAGCAGACCAAACCCACCAGCCUCCCACCAUGGCAGUCCCCCCCAGCCCCCAGUAGCAGAACCAGCCUCCCACCAUGGCAGUCCCCCCCAGCCCCAGUAGCAGAACAGCCUCCCCACCAUGGCAGUCCCCCCCAGCCCCCAGUAGCAGAACCAGCCUCCCACCAUGGCAGUCCCCCCCAGCCCCCAGUAGCAGAACCAGUCUCCCACCAUGGCAGUCCCCCCCAGCCCCCAGUAGCAGAACCAGCCUCCCACCAUGGCAGUCCCCCCCAGCCCCCAGUAGCAGAACCAGUCUCCCACCAUGGCAGUCCCCCCCAGCCCCCAGUAGCAGAACCAGCCUCCCACCAUGGCAGUCCCCCCCACCCGUAGCAGACCAGUCCCACCAUGGCAGUCCCCCCCCCGUAGCAGAACCAGUCCUCCAUGGAGCCCCAGCCCCCGCGAACCAGUCUCCCACCAGGCAGCCCCCAGCCCCAGAGCGCCAGCGCCCCCACAGCCCAGGAAGAGCAGCAGCGAGCUGCACAGGCAGGCAAGGGGCGAGGACGAGGGGAGGCCGAGUACACCAUCUAGCGUUCACCACCCCAGUAACGAGCACCUCCUCAACGUGCGACAGAGCAGGAGUCGAUCGCACAGGACGCGAGAGAGCAGUACAGAGCGAAGUCCUUCCCCCCUUUCUCCCGUUCCUCCUCAUUCCUCUCAUCCCAUCCUGUACAGCUCCUCUCCUCUCAUUCCUCCUCUCCGCACUCUCUCUCCUCUUCUCUACCAGCUCUCCAUCUACGUCAGUUCCGAUCUCGCUCACCAGAUCACCGUCAGCACGUCAGUGCCCGAACUCCCUGACUCUCCUGCCCGUCCACCUGCCCCUGCUAGUCGUCCUAUCCACUACCCUCAGGGCUUCCUCUCCUCGAUACGACAUCCUCUCCAUCGCUGCCUCCCUCUUCCGCCCGUCCCCUCUCUAGCCCUCCCGCGAAUACGCGCACCUCCAUAGCCCUCCGACGCACCGCCUCACCAUCUCGCGCCGCCCCUCCUCCCCCAGUCCCAUCGUACGCGCCCGUCCCGGACUACCGCUAACCCAGACCGCCUCCUCACGAGACAUCCAUCUCAGCUCACGCGUUAGUCGCACUCAUCAUCAUCCUCGACUCUUCCCACCCUCUCCAAGAUCCUCAGCACGUCAUCUCUACUCCUCUCCACGUUUCUCCCCUCCCUGUCUCACCAUCUCUUCCACUCUCGCCUUCUCCCUCCUCUCUCUCUCUCUUCCUCACUUCUCUCUGCCUCCCCGAUCUUCCUCCGCUCUCUCCCUUUUUCCUUCCUCUCUCGCCUCCUCUUCUCUUACCUCUCUGCCCCUAUCUCCUCGUUCCUCACUUCCCUCCUCUCUUCCUCACUGACAAGGGUCAGCAAUAUAUUUCCCUUUCCCUGCCAGUAGUGGAAGAUGUACUGUAUUCAUAUGAUGGAACUGUAUUCAAAUGAUGGCAUAUUUGUAUUUAUUAUGGAUCCCCAUUAGUUCCUGCCAAGGCAGCAACUCAUAUUCCUGGGGUCCAGCAAGAUUAAGGCAGUUAUACCAUUUUAUAAACAUUACAUUUCACAACGCAUUAAGUUGUGUGCCCUCAGGUCACUACUCUACUACCACAUAUCUGCAACACAAAAUCCAUGUGUACGUGUGUGUAUGCAUGUGUCUGUGCCUAUGUUUGUGUUGCUUCAGUCCUCGCUGUUCCAUAAGGUGUAUUUUUAUCUGUUUUUCAAAUCUAAUUUUGUUACUUGACAUGGAAUAGAGUUUCAUGUAGUCAUGGCUCUAUUACAUUUUUACAUUUUAGUCAUUUAGCAGACGCUCUUAUCCAGAGCGACUUACAGGAGCAAUUAGGGUUAAGUGCCUUGCUCAAGGGCACAUCGACAGAUUUUUCACCUUGUCGGGUCUGGGAUUAGAACCAGCGACCUUUCGGGUACUGGCACAACGCUCUUACCCACUAGGCUACCUGCCGCCUCUAAGUAGUACUGUGCGCCUGCCAUAGUCUGUUCUGGACUUGGGGAUUGUGAAGAGACCUCUGGUGGCAUGUCUUGUGGGGUAUGAUGGUAUAUGUUCCCCAUGCCCUGGUAUUAUGGUAUAUGUUCCCCAUGCCCUGGUAUUAUGGUAUAUGUUCCCCAUGCCCUGGUAUUAUGGUAUAUGAUCCCCAUGCCCUGGUAUGAUGGUAUAUGUUCCCCAUGCCCUGUUGGUAUAUUCCCCAUGCCUUGGUAUGAGUUUGUCCCCAUGCCCUGGUAUGAUGUUAUAUGAUCCCCAUGCCCUGGUAUGAUGUUAUAUGAUCCCCAUGCCCUGGUAUGAUGGUAUAUGAUCCCCAUGCCCUGGUAUGAUGGUAUAUGAUCCCCAUGCCCUGGUAUUAUGGUAUAUGAUCCCCAUGCCCUGGUAUGAUGGUAUAUGUUCCCCAUGCCCUGGUAUGAUGGUAUAUGUUCCCCAUGCCCUGGUAUUAUCGUAUAUGUUCCCCAUGCCCUGGUAUUAUGGUAUAUGUUCCCCAUGCCCUGGUAUUAUGGUAUAUGUUCCCCAUGCCCUGGUAUGAUGGUAUAUGUUCCCCAUGCCCUGGUAUGAUGGUAUAUGAUCCCCAUGCCCUGGUAUGAUGGUAUAUGUUCCCCAUGUCCUGGUAUUAUGGUAUAUGUUCCCCAUGCCCUGGUAUGAUGGUAUAUGUUCCCCAUGGCCCUGGUAUGAUGGUAUAUGGUUCCCCAUGCCCUGAUAUUAUGGUAUAUGUUCCCCAUGCCCUGAUAUUAUGGUAUAUGUUCCCCAUGCCCUGGUAUUAUGGUAUAUGUUCCCCAUGCCCUGGUAUUAUGGUAUAUGUUCCCCAUGCCCUGGUAUUAAGGUAUAUGUUCCCCAUGCCCUGGUAUUAUGGUAUAUGUUCCCCAUGCCCUGGUAUGAUGGUAUAUGAUCCCCAUGCACUGGUAUUAUGGUAUAUGUUCCCCAUGCCCUGGUAUGAUGGUAUAUGUUCCCCAUGCCCUGGUAUGAUGGUAUAUGUUCCCCAUGCCCUGGUAUGAUGGUAUAUGUUCCCCAUGCCCUGGUAUUAUGGUAUAUGUUCCCCAUGCCCUGGUAUGAUGGUAUAUGUUCCCCAUGCCCUGGUAUUAUGGUAUAUGUUCCCCAUGCCCUGGUAUGAUGGUAUAUGUUCCCCAUGCCCUGGUAUGACGGAUUUACAAUAUAUCCUGAUAGUAGCACCUGUUUGUCAUAUUAUUCCACUUUGUUAAACUAAUAAGGACAUUUGUUUUUCCGUAAUUGUUCUCUCAUCUGUUAAGCACAGCAGUGAGUCACAUUCACUUCAUCGGGUCUGACGUGGCCUUCCAAUGUGACACAUGUCCUUGUGCUGUUUCUUCCCAGAGCUCGCCCGCUGCCAGUCCAGCCUGAUUGAGCUGAGCAAGUUACUGCAGAGCCUGGAGAUCCUACAGAGGACCCAGUCAGCGCCCAAUUUCACUGACAUGCAGGUAACACACACAGCCCAGCCACGAGCUGUUCAGUCCCUUUACCGUCAAGGCAGACGGUAUCAGAGCAUAAGGUCUGAUACCAACAGGCUCAGAGACAGUUUCUAUCUACAAGCCAUCAGACUGCUGAACACUUGAACUGGACUGACCUCCUGCUCUGGUUCUCUGCACCUUAGCACUCACUCACUCACUCACUCACGCACACACCCACGCACGCACUCACUCACUCACCCACGCACUCACUCACUCACGCACACACCCACGCACGCACUCACUCACUCACCCACGCACUCACUCACUCACGCACACACCCACGCACGCACGCACGCACUCACUCACUCACUCACUCACUCACACACACACACACACAUUAAUUCAUGCUACACACACAUCACAACUGCUGCUACAAGACUCUUAUUAUGAUUGCUAAAUACUGCAAAAUUUUAAACACUUGCCCCCCAAUCCCCCCUUUCUCUGAUACAUGUCUAAAUACUGGACUAUAAAUUGUCCCUUCCUGUAUUAUACUGAUGCUAAAAUGUCUAUUCUGUUCUACUGAGACAUUUACUUUGUUCGUAUUCUUAUCUUUUACUAUUUCUUAUUGUUGUUGCAUUGUCGAGAAGGAACCUGCAAGUAAGCAUUUCGUUGGACGAUGUAUCCCAUUGUGUAUCCUGUUGGACGGUGUACACCACGUGUAUCCUGUUGGACGGUGUACACCACGUGUAUCCUGUUGGACGGUGAACACCACGUGUAUCCUGUUGGAGGGUGUACACCACGUGUAUCCUGUUGGACGGUGUACACCACGUGUAUCCUGUUGGAUGGUGUACACCACGUGUAUCCUGUUGGACGGUGUACACCACGUGUAUCCUGUUGGAGGGUGUACACCACGUGUAUCCUGUUGGACGGUGUACACCACGUGUAUCCUGUUGGAGGGUGUACACCACGUGUAUCCUGUUGGACGGUGAACACCACGUGUAUCCUGUUGGACGGUGAACACCACGUGUAUCCUGUUGGACGGUGUACACCACGUGUAUCCUGUUGGACGGUGUACACCACGUGUAUCCUGUUGGACGGUGUACACCACGUGUAUCCUGUUGGACGGUGUACACCACGUGUAUCCUGUUGGACGGUGUACACCACGUGUAUACUGUUGGACGGUGAACACCACGUGUAUCCUGUUGGACGGUGGACACCACGUGUAUCCUGUUGGACGGUGUACACCACGUGUAUCCUGUUGGACGGUGUACACCACGUGUAUCCUGUUGGACGGUGAACACCACGUGUAUCCUGUUGGACGGUGAACACCACGUGUAUCCUGUUGGACGGUGAACACCACGUGUAUCCUGUUGGAGGCUGUACACCACGUGUAUCCUGUUGGACGGUGAACACCACGUGUAUCCUGUUGGACGGUGUACACCACGUGUAUCCUGUUGGACGGUGUACACCACGUGUAUCCUGUUGGAGGGUGUACACCACGUGUAUCCUGUUGGACGGUGUACACCACGUGUAUCCUGUUGGACGGUGUACACCACGUGUAUCCUGUUGGACGGUGUACACCACGUGUAUCCUGUUGGAGGGUGUACACCACGUGUAUCCUGUUGGAUGGUGUACACCACGUGUAUCCUGUUGGACGGUGUACACCACGUGUAUCCUGUUGGAUGGUGUACACCACGUGUAUCCUGUUGGAGGGUGUACACCACGUGUAUCCUGUUGGAGGGUGUACACCACGUGUAUCCUGUUGGAGGGUGUACACCACGUGUAUCCUGUUGGAGGGUGUACACCACGUGUAUCCUAUACAUACGACUAAUAAAACUUGAAACUUGAAACAAACCCACAGAAGGAGUAGGGAGUUUAAUCACAGCAGUCUGAGUGGUUAGUCUUGCUCUUUCCUGAGGGAGGGGAGGGGCUGAUUCCUUGUUGCCCAGGCGAUGAUGGGAGGUGUGUCUGGACCUCAUGGUCAGGCUGUGUGAGGCCCAAUCCAUUUUCAACACAGCCACCAUCUCUGUCACUGUACAUCAACACACUCAAAUACUCACAUUAUUCAUUGUUGCUUUUGUCGCUUUCCAAUCGAUGUAUAACAAAUUGCAUUUGAUUAAGAUCAUUCAACAGACUUUGAAUGUUUUGACAUUUGCUUUGAAUCGUAACAUUUCUUUAAUAUAAAGUCAUAUAUUUUUUUUAUUCAAUUGUGUGGAGAUGAUACCAUCCUCCAUUUCAUAGCUAACGAUGUGUGUGUGUGUGUGUGUGUGUGUGUGUGUGUGUGUGUGUGUGCGUGUGUGCGUGUGUGCGUGUGUGCGUGUGUGCGUGUGUGCGUGUGUGCGUGUGUGCGUGUGUGCGCGUGCGCGCGUGUGUGCGCGUGUGUGUGCGUGUGUGUGUGUGAGAACUGUCAUUGCUGCUUUGCAUGUCCUAUUAACCACCUCUCAUAUUCUCAUCCGUGUUUGUUAUGAAGACCAAUUGUGUAGCCAUGUCAAAGAAAGACAAGCGCAUGAACAGGAGAUGGAGAACAAAAAGUGUCUGCAAAGAUUCAAAAUGGCAGCUUCAGCUUCAGGUACCUCUUAUUUCUUAGAUUUCCAGUCUCUCUCUCUCACACAUAGUUACAGGGCAUUCGGAAAGUACUCACACCCCAUGACCUUUUUCAACAUUUUGUUACGUUACAGCCUUAUUCUAAAAUGUAUUUAAAUAAAUAAAAAUCCUCAUCAAUCUACACACAAUACCCCAUAAUGACAAAAGCGAAAACAGGUUUUUAGAAAUUUUAGCAAAUUUACAGUAUUACAAAUAAAAAACAGAAAUACCUUAUUUACAUAAGUAUUCAGCCCCUUUGCUAUGAGACUCGAAAUUGAGCUCAGAAGGCUUUACAAGGCGUAUCGGGACAGGCAGUUGUUCUUGGAUGAGCUGAUUUCUCCUACGGGGUUGUUCGGCUCGGCCCUGGAGUCUAUGCAGUCUCUUUUUGAGGAGAAGAAGAAGAAGCAGUAGGUGGCGCUGUGCGUCUUCCUUCCUCGGGGGACCUUCGCUGCUGCGGCGGCAUUGUCUUCUAGAGGGUCUGCAGACAGAGGCCCCGGCUUCCGGGUCCAACCCCAAGUCUGUUCCUGCUUUGUCUUGUUCCACAAGAGCAGCACCAGUCCGCUUGGCACAGGCGCCGUUUUACUCCCAAGGGUGAAGUGAAUGCUGGUCCCUCUGCGUAGCUGGGGAGGCAGCAGCACCCGCGCACCUAGCACGAUGAGAAGGGUGGCGGCACUGGCUGGGGUCCCCCCUUGACCCCCUCCCCAGAUGUUCGCUGUGACAACAGUACCCCUUAGUGGCACGGACAAUCGCCACUGGUAGCAACAACAAAAAAACAAACCCAGAGUGGACCAGGCUUCAGGCAAACGUCUGCACUUAACCAUAUUGUUUCUACCCCAAGUUCCACCCCUUACGGGAGUCAAGAGUGUUGUACUCCACAUGUGAGCUUAAUGAAAAGAGUUGAGUUAUAUCCCUCAAGCUGAUGAUGACAGAUGUAUGGUGGUUGGGGGUGCGCUGUGCGAGGUCAUCUCAAUUCGGGGGGUUGUGGACAGUGUUGCAGAGGGUGUACGUAGCGCUCAGGUGUUUUCUUGUUGACAGUUCAGCUGGUGAGGCCCGACAACAGGACAGUGGUGGCGUACAUCAACAGGACAGUGGUGGCGUACAUCAACAGGACAGUGGUGGCGUACAUCAACAGGACAGUGGUAGCGUACAUCAACAGGACAGUGGUGGCGUACAUCAACAGGACAGUGGUGGCGUACAUCAACAGGACAGUGGUGGCGUACAUCAACAGGACAGCGGUGGCGUACAUCAACAGGCAGGGAGGGGUGCGGUCUCGAACCCUCUUAUCCUUGUGUCGCUCCCUACUGCUGUGGAGCAGUGGGCACUUUCCCUCGCUCCAGGUGACGCUAUCCGCUAUCCGAGGGGGGCCCCCGCUCUCGGGAGUGGAGGCUGGACCCCUGGGUAGUCUCCUAGAGAUGGGAAGUGUUAAGCAGGGCUGAUGUAGAUCUUUACGCAUCGCGAGAAAAUUGGCUGUUUUUCUAGAUAAGGGACAUGGGUGCUCUUUUGGAAAUGGAUGCUCUCACGCACCAGUGGCCUUUGACCCUCCUUUACGCGUUUCCCCCUGUGGAUUUGAUUCAGCCCACACUGUAGACGAUGCGUCGGGAGGGCUUGCCCUUGAUCCUUGUGGCUCCCUGUUGGCCCAAACGACCUUGGUUCAUGGGGAUCAUCCUUUUAGGCGGGGACCCGUGGCAACUCCCAUUGCGCAGGGACCUGUUGUCCCAGGUGCACGGGCAGGUCUGGCGGGACCGGAGAUUUGGAAUUUGUGGGCUUGGCCCCUGAAGGGUCCAAUCUGAUGGCAAGGCAUUUACCUCUGAACAUUAUUGCUACUAUACAGUCUGCAAGGGCACCCUCCUGAAUGAAGUUCGCCCUUGGCAACUCUAAGGUGACGUUGCGUCCUAAUGUGACCUUUGACCCUAAAGUCAUGACGUUUUGGUUCUAAGGAGCAGCGGAGGUUGCACGCCUUGUGUCCAGUACGAGCGUUACCACCAGGGGUGUCCGUUUGUGUGACUAACUUUUUGUCUGUUUUGAUCAUCCGUCUCGUGGUAGAGCGCUUUAUAAGCAGCGUCUCUCCCAUUGGGAUUGUGGAGGCUGUUUUCUCUGGCAUAUGACAGCAAAAGGCAGGAAUUACCUGAUGGUGUAUGCGCCCACUCUACCAGGGGUCUGGCGGCCUCAUGGGCGUUGUUUAAAGGGUUGCCUGUAGGAGGUAUUGUGCUACGGCGAGUUGGGCAUCGCCACACACUUUUGUGAGGCUUUAUCGCUUGGAUGACACUGCUCCCAGUGUAGCCCACAGAGUGCUUACCGCUGGGGCAGGAGAGGGUCGUUAGGCAGCGUGCAGAUUGCGUAAUACCCGGGUACCAGAGGUUUUCCUCUCGGGUUGGACUCUGGGUGGUCUGUUGUGGGCCACCAUUUCAUUUGGUGUCCACUGGGGUCGGCUUGGGGCGUGAUUUCAUAUCCCCAAAAGGGAACGUACAGUUAUGGCUAUACCUGCUGUUCCCUGAAGGAGAAGCGAGGUACAGGACCUGUUCGGCCCCGCGCCGCCCAGUUCUGGGCUCGGUGAAGAGCGGUUCUGAACUGAAGGAAUGAAUCCGUGCCUUGAGUUUAUCCCCUGUGGAAGGCGGGGGGAGUUUCCGGUGAGGCAAGGCAUUCAUUGACCUUGUCAGGUGUGAUUCUAAUGUUCUUCAGCAGAGGGCGCUAGCAAGCAAACUCCUAAUAGCUGUGUUGUACCUCGUUUCCCUCCUUCGGGGAACAGUAGUUAUAGUCACAACUGUACGUUAUGCAAUUAUAUGUCAGGGCAGAGAACGUCUUCAGUUAUCUGCUCUCCAUGUCCUUUUGUAUAAUACAAAGCCUGAACCACACACCUUUUUGGGGCUGUACAAUACCUUCUUCUCAGGUUUACUAAAUUACCCAAUUUACUUUUAACACUCUGUAAAGCUUCAGGAGAAGGCUAAUCAUGCUUUGAAUUUCAUAUUACGUUUUUUUUUUUUAAACUCUCCCAAUUACCUAUGGCAACAGUUUAAAAGCCUUUUCCUUCAUGAUACUGAGUUCUUAUCACUACGGGUGUUCUGGUAGAUUAGGUAGCCCAGAACCAACCGUUUCCUCACCAGGAAGCCCAGAACCAACUGUUUCCUCACCAGGAAGCCCAGAACCAACUGUUUCCUCACCAGGAAGCCCAGAACCAACUGUUUCCUCACCAGGAAGCCCAGAACCAACUGUUUCCUCACCAGGAAGCCCAGAACCAACUGUUUCCUCACUAGCGGCCCUCUGGUAUACAUAUGCAGUGUUGUUAAUGAAUGAGUGAGUCAUCAGCCCAGGAGAAACAAGGGGAAGGAUUUUUUCUUUGUUUUUUUUAAAGCAAAUGAAGUGAACUUAAAAAUAACUUUGGUUGGAACGAAGCCUCAGAUUCAUCUGUGCUUUGCUGUCCCAUAUGACUUGUCAGACUUGGUGUGAUUCAAACACAGAGUGAGUAUCUGUCUAUUAUUGACUAUGUGUGUAUGCAGAAGAGACCGCAGAAGGGUCUUAUGGAGCCACAACUUGAGCUCCAUCUGUAGACCACAUUACUACAUUCCCAAGUCUCCAAGUGGUACUGACAGUCCUCUCCUCCCUCUCCUCCUCUCCUCCUCUCCUUCUUCUCCUCUCCUCGCUCUCCUCCUCCACUCUUCUCCUCUCUCCCCUCCUCCCCUCCCUCUUCUCCUCUCAGGUCCCCUCUCUCCCUGUGAGUGCCAGCAUGUCUCCCACGCACCUCCGCUCCUCCAACCCCAACCUGUGCGCUGAGCUGGUGGACUUCCAGACCCCUGUCUCUCGCCUGGUUCCUGACAACAUGGAGUGUGGCGGUGACUACAUCAAACUACAGGAGGACUUCUGCCUCCUCGCUCAGAAAGGUACACACACACACAUACACAGUCUGUUGCACUGAUGGAAAGGUCAUGUUAACUACACUGGAAUACAUUCCACACCAACCAACACAUUUAUUUACACUUCGCGUCCAGGGCCAGAUUAAGGAAUCAAAGGCCCUGGGGCUUUAUUAUUUUUUGGGAGCCCUCCUCCCCCCACCCCGGCACACCCUCCUGGCACACUCUAAUUUUCUGUAAACAAAUCGGCGCACAAAGAUGCAAUUUGUUAACUUCAGUAGCGGUGCAUGGGUAAAUUUACUAGGGGGGAAAGCCAACCAGACCAGUUGAGAUAAUGGUUUGGUCUAACUCCCGUUAGAAAUGCAUUCAUAGGCUACGCCUCUGUGAAAUACGGCCAAUAAGCCAUGCUUCAUUCCACAGACAAAGUUCCAAGAAAAGAGAAACACUGCUCUUGCUCGUACCACUUGUUUUAUAAAGCCCAGAAUGUCACUUUGCGCACCCCGCAACAGUCAGCAAGGUUGUUUGGGGAAAAGAUAUGUUCUCUUUCAUUCUGUCUCAUUACAGUAUAUGCCUGUUCUUACUAUAACAUAUUAAAUACACUGCUCAAAAAAAUAAAGGGAACACUUAAACAACACAAUGUAACUCCAAGUCAAUCACACUUCUGUGAAAUCAAACUGUCCACUUAGGAAGCAACACUGAUUGACAAUAAAUGUCACAUGCUGUUGUGCAAAUGGAAUAGACAACAGGUGGAAAUUAUAGGCAAUUAGCAAGACACCCCCAAUAAAGGACUGGUUUGCAGGUGGUGACCACAGAGCACUUCUCAGUUCCUAUGCUUCCUGGCUGAUGUUUUGGUCACUUUUGAAUGCUGGCGGUGCUUUCACUCUAGUGGUAGCAUGAGACGGAGUCUACAACCCACACAAGUGGCUCAGGUAGUGCAGCUCAUCCAGGAUGGCACAUCAAUGCGAGCUGUGGCAAGAAGGUUUGCUGUGUCUGUCAGCGUAGUGUCCAGAGCAUGGAGGCGCUACAAGGAGACAGGCCAGUACAUCAGGAGACAUGGAGGAGGCCGUAGGAGGGCAACAACCCAGCAGCAGGACUGCUACCUCCGCCUUUGUGCAAGGAGGAGCAGGAGGAGCACUGCCAGAACCCUGCAAAAUGACCUCCAGUAGGCCACAAAUGUGCAUGUGUCUGCUCAAACGGUCAGAAACAGACUCCAUGAGGGUGGUAUGAGGGCCCGACGUCCACAGGUGGGGGUUGUGCUUACAGCCCAACACCGUGCAGGACGUUUGGCAUUUGCCAGAGAACACCAAGAUUGGCAAAUUCGCCACUGGCGCCCUGUGCUCUUCACAGAUGAAAGCAGGUUCACACUGAGCACGUGACAGACGUGACAGAGUCUGGAGACGCCGUGGAGAACGUUCUGCUGCCUGCAACAUCCUCCAGCAUGACCGGUUUGGCGGUGGGUCAGUCAUGGUGUGGGGUGGCAUUUCUUUAGGGGGCCGCACAGCCCUCCAUGUGCUCGCCAGAGGUAGCCUGACUGCCAUUAGGUACCGAGAUGAGAUCCUCAGACCCCUUGUGAGACCAUAUGCUGGUGCGGUUGGCCCUGGGUUCCUCCUAAUGCAAGACAAUGCUAGACCUCAUGUGGCUGGAGUGUGUCAGCAGUUCCUGCAAGAGGAAGGCAUUGAUGCUAUGGACUGGCCUGCCCGUUCCCCAGACCUGAAUCCAAUUGAGCACAUCUGGGACAUCAUGUCUCGCUCCAUCCACCAACGCCACAUUGCACCACAGACUGUCCAGGAGUUGGCGGAUGCUUUAGUCCAGGUCUGGGAGGAGAUCCCUCAGGAGACCAUCCGCCACCUCAUCAGGAGCAUGCCCAGGCGUUGUAGGGAGGUUAUACAGGCACGUGGAGGCCACACACACUACUGAGCCUAAUUUUGACUUGUUUUAAGGACAUUACAUCAAAGUUGGAUCAGCCUGUAGUGUGGUUUUCCACUUUAAUUUUGAGGGUGACUCCAAAUCCAGACCUCCAUGGGUUGAUAAAUUUGAUUUCCAUUGAUCAUUUUUGUGUGAUUUUGUUGUCAGCACAUUCAACUAUGUAAAGAAAAAAGUAUUUAAUAAGAUUAUUUCAUUCAUUCAGAUCUAGGAUGUGUUAUUUUAGUGUUCCCUUAAUUUUUUUGAGCAGUGUAUAUGUGGUGUUGGCCCAGGAUUAUUGGCGUGUGUCUUCUCUAAAUAAACAAAUGAAAUGGGGCCUAGGUUACAACACACAGUAAAUCAGAACAGUUAUGUUUGUGUUUCAUAAUCAUCACAGUUAAAACCGGAGAUCUAUCCGGUAAAGUCCACAAAGCAUAAAUGUAGAAGUAUGUGGACACCCCUUCAAAUUAGUGGAUUUUGCUAUUUCAGCCACAACCAUUGCUGACAGUUGUAUAAAAUUGAGUACACAGCCAUGCAAUCUCCAUAGACAAACAUUGGCAGUAGAAUGGCCUUAAUGAAGAGCUCAGUGACUUUCAACGUGGCACCGUCAUAGGAUGCCACCUUUCCAACAAGUCAGUUCGUAAAAUGUCUGCCCUGCUAGAGCUUCCCCGAUCAACUGUAAGUGCUGUUAUUGUGAAGGGGAAACGUCUAGGAGCAACAAUGGCUCAGCCGCAAAGUGGUAGGCCACACAAGCUCACAGAGCAGGACCGCCGAGUGCUGAAGCGCGUAGUGGGUAAAACUCGUCUGUCCUCGGUUCCAACACUCACUACCGAGUUCCAAACUGCCUCUGGAAGCAACGUCAGCACAAUAACUGUUCAUCGGGAGCUUCAUGAAAUGGGUUUCCAUGGCCGAGGAGCCGCACACAAGCCUAAGAGCACCAUGCGCAAUGCCAAGCGUCGACUGGAGUGGUGUAAAGCUCGCCGUCAUUGGACUCUGGCAUGAUGAAUCACGCUUCACCAUCUGGCAGUCCGGCGGACGAAAUUGGGUUUGGCGGAUGCCAGGAGAACGCUACCUGCACGAAUGCAUAGUGCCAACUGUAAAGUUUGGUGGAGGAUGAAUAAUGGUCUGGGGCUGUUUUUCAUGGUUUGGGCUAGGCCCCCUAAGUUCCAGUGAAGGGAAAUCUUAACACUACAGCAUAAAAUGACAUUCUAGACGAUUCUGUCCUUCCAACUUUGUGGUAACAGUUUGGGGCAGGCUCUUUCCUGUUUCAGCAUGACAAUGCCCCUGUGCACAAAGCGAGGUCCAUACAGAAAUGGUUUGUCGAGAUCGGUGUGGAAGAACAUGACUGGCCUGCACAGAGCCCUGACCUCAACCCCAUCGAACACCUUUGGGAUGAAUUGGAACGCCGACUGCGAGCCAGGCCUAAUCGCCCAACAUCAGUGCCCGACCUCACUAAUGCUCUUUUGACUGAAGCAAGUCCCCGCAUCAAUGUUCCAACAUCUAGUGGAAAGCCUUCCCAGAAAGAGUGGAGGCUGUUAUAGCAGCAAAGGGGGGGGGACCAACUCCAUAAUAAUGCCCAUGGUUUUGGAAUGAGAUGUUCGACGAGCAGGUGUCCACAUCCUGUUGGUCAUGUAGUGUAUAACAAACAGUUGCGUGACCUAGGCUAGACCACAUGGUCACACUACUGAUUCAGGACCACGGACAGUUACCAUACGCACAGUGAUUCAGGACCACGGGCAGUUACAUACACACAGUGAUCAGACACGACAGUUACCAUACGCACAGUGAUUCAGACCAGGGACAGUACCAUACCCAGUGAUAGACGGGGCAGUUACCAUACGCACAGUGUCAGGCAGGGCGUACCAUACCACAGUGAUCAGGACCCAGGCAGUUACCUAAACAGUGUGGACACGGACAGUACAUCGCACAGGUGAUUCAGGACACGACAGUUGCCAUAGACAGUGAUAGACAGACAGUUCCUAGCACGUGAUCAGACAGGGCAGUACCACAUGGUCACAUAUGAUUCAGGACCACGGGCAGUUACCAUACGCACAGUGAUUCAGGACCACGGGCAGUUACCAUACGCACAGUGAUUCAGGACCACGGGCAGUUACCAUACGCACAGUGAUUCAGGACCACGGACAGUUACCAUACGCACAGUGAUUCAGGACCACGGGCAGUUACCAUACGCACAGUGAUUCAGGACCAGGACAGUUACCAUACGCACAGUGAUUCAGGACCACGGACAGUUACCAUACGCACAGUGAUUCAGGACCACGGCAGUUACCAUACGCACAGUGAUUCAGGACCACGGACAGUUACCAUACGCACAGUGAUUCAGGACCACGGACAGUUACCAUACGCACAGUGAUUCAGGACCACGGACAGUUACCAUACGCACAGUGAUUCAGGACCACGGGCAGUUACCAUACGCACAGUGAUUCAGGACCACGGGACAGUUACCAUACGCACAGUGAUUCAGGACCACGGACAGUUUACCAUACGCACAGUGAUUCAGGACCACGGACAGUUACCAUACGCACAGUGAUUCAGGACCACGGACAGUUACCAUACGCACAGUGAUUCAGGACCACGGACAGUUACCAUACGCACAGUGAUUCAGGACCACGGACAGUUACCAUACGCACAGUGAUUCAGGACCACGGACAGUUACCAUACGCACAGUGAUUCAGGACCACGGACAGUUACCAUACGCACAGUGAUUCAGGACCACGGACAGUUACCAUACGCACAGUGAUUCAGGACCACGGACAGUUACCAUACGCACAGUGAUUCAGGACCACGGACAGUUACCAUACGCACAGUGAUUCAGGACCAUGGACAGUUACCAUACGCACAGUGAUUCAGGCCCACGGACAGUUACCAUACGCACAGUGAUUCAGGCCCACGGACAGUUACCAUACGCACAGUGAUUCAGGACCACGGACAGUUACCAUACGCACAGCCAUCACAAAGAAAACAAGAGCGCAGGCCUACACGGCCUCAGCCAUUUCAGCUGGCCUCCCCAGCCGUCUCCAGCGGACAAGCAUUAGGUCUUAUGCAGUGCAUUCAUUUAUUACAAAAAGUGUCAUCAUGGCUUACCUUAAAAUGAUUUCUUCCUCAUUUUUCCGAGCAGCAAAAUCUGCAACAAUGUCCUUGAAAUCAAGUGCAAGAGCCAUAAGUCAAAUAGUUCAGUUUUUCCUGUCCCAUCGUUGAUCUCUUUUUGAUAAGAGCCAUCUUUGAAAAGGGACACUCCCCUGAACCUUUGGUAACAGGUAAAGUCUAGAAUAUUCACAAGGCAAUGUCAACAUUGGGAAACACUGCUUGUACAUUCCUCUGACUCCGCAUGUGAAGCAAUGCCCUGGCAGAUGUGUUUUUCUCACUUUUGAUACAUUCUUUAAACUGGACGACAUCAUCUGAAAAGAUCAGGUCAGAUUGAUAUUUCCUCUGAAGGUUGAGUGCAGCUCGGCAAUAAGUGUGUCACAACAGUGAACACACCGACGGCAAAUUUCUGCUGACCUGUCAUCAAUAAACAACAGUCAGGCUCUGCCUCUGACGACUCAUCGCCGUGUUUUUUUCGUAUUCUCUGUCGUUGUGUGUCAGGUUUGUAAAGCGUUGAAACGCGUGGUGAUGUCCUUUCCUUUUGCCUCACAGCUCAUACUGAUCCCGGAGCCACAAAGUCUCUGAGGCCACCCAACGAACAGCGUUAGACAGCUCCAGUUGGACUGCCUGAAGUGCAGUGCUUGUCUUCUGAAAAACUUUGGAGUAUUGUGUUCCACAAGUUACAGAGAAAAUAAAUCUCAAGUUUAUCCAUUUGGGUAUAUAGAGUUAGUCUUGAUACUCGUUGUCAGAGUUUGAUCUUCUAGAAGAGACUGACUAACAUCGGCAUAAUUGAGGAAUAAUGCUUUUCUGUCUUGUGCAUGGCCAGACCACCUCGUACGGAAAGAGAUUUGAGGGUUUCAAUUUUGCUGUUUUCAUUUGGUUGUGAACUGGAUGUAACAAUCUGCCAUCGCCAAGUGGAUUUGGAGCAAAAGUUAAAUACUGACUGCACAAACGUGAAAAACUCAACUGUCUUAAGGCAGCAGUUCACAGUACUUUCCCCAACCAAAUUCAAAGUAAUUGCAGCACAAGGCGUCCACUCUACCAAUGGGUUAAUCUCUCAUAUGCGCGAUUGCAGCUCUUUGUAAAUCCCAGACAUGUUGCUGGCCGUUAUCAUAACAUUGACCUCUACAGUUUUCAAUACUAAUGUCCAUCUCCCGUAAUACGUCCAGAACUGAGUAGCAAAGUGAUUAUCAUGUGUGACUGGUUAUAGGAAGGACAUUUAUGAAACGCUCCUGGACUCAACCAUCAGGUGAGACAUAUCUCAUUAUAAAAGUCAGCUGAUCAACGUGGGAAACAUCUGGGGUGGUCAAUAUUUACUUAUUUUAAGUUCCGAUAUUAUUUUCUGAGAGUAUCCUCUCUCCCAUCAACUGCACAAAGUCGUUACAAAUGGUAGAUGAAAGAUAAGAUGGGUUUCUCCUUCCUGCAUUCCCAUUAUCUUGCAAUGUGUUCACAUAGAAAUUGAUCAAAUUGACUGACAACUUCAAGUAUACCCAAAUAAUUGCCAUUUGAGAUGGAACCAAAUAUUCAGUUGACUCCCCUAAAAGCUGAUCCACGCUCUGCCAAAAAUGUUAUAACAGUCACCACCCUUUUGAAGGAUAUCAGUCCAAUACUGGCACUCGGUCUCAAAUUGUUAUUUUAACCCAGAGUCAAUUUGUCCGUUUUUCUGCAGUCCUUGAGAUCCAUGUCAGCAUGCAUUUGCGAUGGGCCUUCUUGAUCCUUCACGUUCGGUUAUGCUCACAUUUGCAUGUUUUCAAUCAUUGAAUCUAGUACAAGUCGCACAUUUUGACAUGUUAUUAUCAUUCUCCCCGAACAACCGACACACAAAACCAAAUACAGCCCCUUUUGAAGGAGAGUAAAGGAGCCACAGGACACAGACGCGAUUGAAAAAGCUUUUUUCGAAAAGGCUCGCUUUUGAUGUUUGUAUUGUUUUUCAGAGGCUUCAGCCCCGGUGAGAUCCUGCAUCAAUCCGGCCCCGUUCACGUCCCUUUACCCUGUCCAUACCCUACAAGUAUAGGGAAACCAUUAGUAAGAGUUGUAAGUAACCAGAGGGUGUGUUUAAAGUGAUUUCUGGUUGCUGUCUUUUGCAGUCCACUCUCUGUUGAAGUCUGCGUUCAACACGGUUGCCAUGGAGAAGGAGAAGAUCAAAACAGUUCUGUCAGACCAGGAGCAGUCUGCCCAGAUCAUCACCCUCAGGAAGUCUCUGUCACAGGUGAGACCGGCAGGUGUUCAUUAAGGAUUCUCCUACUACAGUACCCAUAAUCCCCCUGCACUGGGAACAGUCAUUCUAAAUGGUUAAUAGUGUUGUUUUUGUCAGAACACACUACACCACCUUAAAUAUUCCAUGCAGUACUUGAAACAUGAAAUGUACUGGCUGGAGAGAUGAGGGGUUUCAAUGGAAUGGUAUGAAUUUCAUCACUGCUUGAGUUUGAUUUAAUUUCAUAUAGUCACACAGUGAGACUAAGGUAAUGACCCAUCAGUGAAAACAUUGCUGACUCAUAGCAGUCACUUUCAUCACUAUCUGAUGAGAGAUGGGAAAGAAGACCGCUUAGUUAACAAGCCGCGCUUAUGUUUUUUCAACGUAAUUGGAAUUGGGGGGGGGGAGGGGGGUACAGUCAUGGUAUGUAGUGGGGGGGGGGCUACAGUCAUAUAAUAUAAUAUCAUAUGCCAUUUAGCAGACGCUUUUAUCCAAAGCGACUUACAGUCAUGUGUGCAUAAAUUUUUACGUAUGGGUGGUCCCGGGGAUCGAACCAUACCUGGCGUUACAAGCGCCAUGCUUACCAUUGAGCUACAGAGGACAUGAUAUGUAGUGGGGGGGGGGGGCUACAUCAUAUGUAAUGGGGGGGCUUAACACAUCAGUAUGUAAUGGGGGGGCUACAAUCAUAUGUAAUGGGGGGGCUACAGUCAUGGUAUGUAGUGGGGGGGGCAUGAAUCAGUCAUGGUAUGUAGUGGGGGGGGCAUGUGAACUACAGUCAUGGUAUGUAGUGGGGGGGGGGCAUGUGAAACUACAGUCAUGGUAUGUAGUGGGGGGGGGCAUGUGAACUACAGUCAUGGUAUGUAGUGGGGGGGGCAUGUGAACUACAGUCAUGGUAUGUAGUGGGGGGGGGGGGGGGGCAUGUGAACUACAGUCAUGGUAUGUAGUGGGGGGGGGCAUGUGAACUACAGUCAUGGUAUGUAGUGGGGGGGGGCAUGUGAACUACAGUCAUGGUAUGUAGUGGGGGGGGGGCAUGUGAACUACAGUCAUGGUAUGUAGUGGGGGGGGGCCAUGUGAACUACAGUCAUGGUAUGUAGCUGGGGGGGGGCAUGUGAACUACAGUCAUGGUAUGUAGCUGGGGGGGGGCAUUCUUGAAACUACAGUCAUGGCUAUGUAGUGGGGGGGGCAUGUGAACUACAGUCAUCGUUUAUGUAGUGGGGGGGCAUGUGAAACUACAGUUCAUGGUUAUGUAGUGGGGGGGGGGCAUGUGAACUACAGUUCAUGGUCUGUAGUGGGGGGGUGGGGGCAUGGCUGAACAUACAGUGCAUGGUAUGUAGUGGGGGGGGGGCAUGUGGCUGGCAUUGAACUACCGUCAUGGUAUUAGUGGGGGGGGCCAUGGGCAACUACAGUCAUGGUAUGUAGUGGGGGGGGGGGGCAGGGGGGGCCAUUCGUGAACAUACAGUCAUGGUAUGGAGUGGGGGGGGGGCAUGUGAGCUUUACAGUCAUGGUAUGUUUAGUGGGGGGGGGGGGGGGGCAACAUGUGAACUACAGUCAUGGUAUGUAGUUGGGGGGGGGGGCCUGUGAACUACAUUAGUCAUGACGUAUGGUAGUGGGGGGGGCAUGUGACCUACAGUUCAUGGUAUGUAGUGGGGGGGGGGCAUGUGAACUACAGUCAUGGUAUGUAGUGGGGGGGGCAUGUGAACUACAGUCAUGGUAUGUAGUGGGGGGGGGGCAUGUGAACUACAGUCAUGGUAUGUAGUGGGGGGGGGCAUGUGAACUACAGUCAUGGUAUGUAGUGGGGGGGCAUGUGACUACAGUCAUGGUAUGUAGUGGGGGGGGCAUGUGAACUACAGUCAUGGUAUGUAGUGGGGGGGAUGUGACUACAGUCAUGGUAUGUAGUGUGGGGGGGUAUGUGACUACAGUCAUGGUAUGUAGUGGGGGGGCAUGUGAACUACAGUCAUGGUAUGUUAGUGGGGGGGGGGCAUGUGAACUACAGUCAUGGUAGUUGGGGGGGGCAGUGACUACAGUCAUGGUAUGUAGUGGGGGCCGUAGGGGCAUGUGAGUACAGUCAUGGUAUGUAGUGGGGGGGCAGCUGAAGUACAGUCCAUGGUAUGUAAGUGGGGGGCAUGUGAACUACAGUCAUGGUAUUAGUGGGGGGGAUGUGAACUACAGUCAUGGUAUGUAGGGGUGGGGGGCAUGUGAACUACAGUCAUGGUCAUGUAGUUGGGGGGGGCAUGUGAACUACAGUCAUGGUAUGUAGUGGGGGGGGGGCAUGUGAACUACAUGUCAUGGUAAUGUAGUGGGGGGGGAGGCAUGUGACUACAGUCAUGGUAUGUAGUGGGGGGUCGCAUGUAUUGGCACAGUCAUGGUAUGUAGUGGUCAUGUGAACAAGUCAUGUUUAUGUAGGGAGGGGGGAGCUGAACACAGCAUGGUAGAUCCAGUUGUAGCACAGUCAUGUAUUAGUGGGGUCAUGGUUCUAGUGGGAGGCAUUUAGCUAUCAUUCAUGGAUGAUCAGUGGGGGAUGUAGCUCAGUCAUGGCCAUGUAGUGAGCUUACAUCAGGUAGAGUGGAGGCGGCUACAGUCAUGGUAUCGUAUGUGGGAGGCACAGUCAGAUGUAAUGGUACAGUAAUGUAUGUAUGGUUGCUACUUGUAUUCUACAGAGAGGAUUGUCGUGAUGUCAACAUGCCCUUUACUGCAGCUAAAGUUGGUCAGGUAGCUGCUAAGCUCUUCUCAGGGUCCUGUUAGGGGACUGUUACAGUACAGACCAGUACAGACCAGUUCAGGCCAGUACAGACCAGUACAGACCAGUACAGGCCAGUACAGACCAGUACAGGCCAGUACAGACCAGUACAGACCAGUACAGACCAGUACUGUACCAGUGUAAUUUGUCUUUCUAUAGAGGACAUUUUAGGCUACUUCAUCUCAUUAUCACAGAAUAAGUCCAUUCAUUGUGCCAGUAGCAUAUAUACAGUAAAAGGAAGCCUCAGAUGUUCUGUGUAAAUGAAUGGAGAGCUGCACAACAUAGAUCCAGUUGUACCGCUCAUCUGUUUAGUUCUCUCUUCCAUUCUGCACCCUUCUCCUCCAGCUGAUUGAUUAGUGAUUGAUCAGUAUUUCUCCUCAUUUCAGGCCCUGUCCCAAAACGCUGAGCUUAAAACCAGACUGGGCCGCAUCCACUCUGAGUCGGUCCCGUCUGAACAAACAGUCAGUGUGAACAUCAUCCCCAGUCCUGAUGAGGUUAGCUACGUCUUCUACUGGAUCAAGGCGUUGUUUUGUUGUGAUUGUCCCUGACUUGCAGGGAACUUGCCAUUGCAGUGCUGAGUGUGCUUAUUGCAGCCGGCUGGUAGCUGCCAGGUGAGGUCAGGGAAAAACAGUGUCCCCUCUGUGGUGCUACGCAUGCUGUUGUAGAGCUGGCCACGUAGCUUUAGUUAACUGGAAAACAUUGUAUUCUCUGCUUUUACUGCAUUUACCAAUUAGAGUAUUGAUUCCUGUCCUUAAAUAAGGAUGGCGCUUCCAGUAUAUCUUGGCAGGUGAGCUCACUGGUCAUUAAGGUAUGCUGACCCUGACGUCAAGGUCAGUGGAACAACAAUGUGAUCCUACCAGGAUAUAUGAAGGAUGAAGAUGGAACAACAAUGUGAUCCUACCAGGAUAUAUGAAGGAUAAAGUCUCCACUUUGACACAGUGCAGUUCUAUGUCGUCUCACCUCCUAAAGUCACUAGUAAAAGACGUUGUACUGAUUGGUGUUUCUCUGUUUCCUUACAGGGUGGGGAGCAGAGGGGAAUCCCUCUGACUCAACAGACGUCCAAUGAGAGCAGGCUGUCUAUGUCAGAGUCUGUGUCUGAGUUCUUCGACGCCCAGGAAGUGCUGCUGUCUGCCAGCUCGUCAGAGAACGAGGUGAGAGAGGGCUGGGGGAGGGGGGUGCUCGGUUGCUCGGUUGUCGAAGUGCUCGGAGCUCAGAUAAAGCACGGCCGAGUGGCGCUGGAGUUAGUCAGCCAUUAAUAAAAAGGAGUGUGAGGGAGAGAGAUAACACGCAACAGAAACUCAGACGAAGUCUGACCAACUAGAGGGGAGGGGAGGGGCUCUCCAGUCUAUAAUGCUGCUGUCCAAUGUCUCAUGCCAUUGUCCCCUAUGAUUUCCCACCAACUCCAGGUUUUCAAUGGUACGCCCUUCUUUAUGGAUUUGACAUGGUUCAUCCUCCAGACUGAUGGUUUGUCCGUUCCUAAGCCACAGAUGGCUUUUCUCACACACUGCCAUGACAGGCUCAAUGCCAUGAGUACCGAGCACCAGUCAAAAUGGCCCCAUAAGAGCCAUCACCCUUCAGGCUUGUCUGGCUGCUCCCCAGGUAUGAAAACCAAGUGCUGCUAGCUGGAGUCCUGCUGAAGGAUUACUCACCAAGGAUGUCCAUCACCAGUCUAGGGCCAAAUCCUCUGCCUCAGGUGCCAGGUCCUAUUCAAACCAGCAGAGUGCUGUUGGCCAAAAAAGGCUCUUCCUGCAGCCGACUGUACUGCAAUAGAGGCCAUUACUGCCAGCAAACACAAUCUUCUGUUCUCUGGCACCGUCAGUGAGUUCAUUGUAUGUUACUAUAUAUAAAGUGGAAAUGCUGCAGGGUCUGAAUUUGUGGUGACUGCAGAACGAGGGAGAAGAGAGCGCCAGCACUGAAGGCAGUUUACUAGCCACUGACUCAGGGGCUCUGUUGUCUUCCUCUAACCCUCUAGGCCUCAGACGAUGAGUCAUACGUCAGCGAUGUGAGCGAUAACAUUUCAGAAGACAAUGCCAGCGUGACUGAUAACGUCUCCAGACAAAGUAGGUCCUCCCUAGCUCUCCUUCCAUUACAGUGGGGGGGGGGGGGGGCUAAUGUGAUGGAGGUGGUGGUGAACCUGCUGAGGGGAUCCAGCUGACCCCCCCCCCCCCCCCCCCCCUUUCUGUGUGAUGGCCUGGUCAUUUAUCAGUGAGGCAGGGAUUGACCUUGCAGGCCUCACCGUGUGCCAAGAGCUGCACUCUGGGCUUAUGAAAGCUGUCAGUGUAAAGUGCAGGAGGGUCUCCCUCUCUUCUGCACAGGCAGACUGUCUCCUAUUCUAACCCUUCAUCCUUCGACUGUGUUUCAGUCAUGAACUACCUGUGGCUAUUAUGAGAUGCAAGGAUUAGGAUUUGACAAAGCCUUGUAGUUCAGACAGUCAUGAGUCCUGAGGAUGCUCCAUGACAGCACUGUACUUCUGGUUUCAGUGCCGAACGGAGACCUGGCUGGACGUGCCUUCCGUAACGGGCGGCGCCCGUGUCUCCCCGCCCCCUCGCCGGACUGCAGCAACAUCAACUUGUGGAACAUUCUGAGGAACAACAUAGGGAAGGACCUGUCCAAGGUGUCCAUGCCUGUGGAGCUCAACGAGCCCCUCAACACCCUGCAGCACAUGUGUGAGGAGCUGGAGUACGCUGAGCUACUAGACAGGGCUGCCGAUACGGAGGACCCCUACGAACGCAUGGUACGGCCCAAACACUCACCUAUCUACGUAUAAACGCAUGGUACGGCCCAAACACUCACCUAUCUACGUAUAAACGCAUGGUACGGCCCAAACACUCACCUCUAAUUAUGAACGCACGGUACGGCCCAAACACUCACCUCUAAUUAUGAACGCAUGGUACGGCCCAAACACUCACCUCUAAUUAUGAACGCAUGGUACGGCCCAAACACUCACCUCUAAUUAUGAACGCAUGGUACGGUCCAAACACUCACCUCUAAUUAUGAACGCAUGGUACGGCCCAAACACUCACCUCUAAUUAUGAACGCAUGGUACGGCCCAAACACUCACCUCAAAUUAUGAACGCAUGGUAUGGCCCAAACACUCACCUCUCUAAGUCAUAUAUAGCUUUAUGGUUACAGUUCAAAAAAAUAGAGAGACUCAUUAGAUGACGUUAAACCUCUUGAUAUUAGGAUGGAGGUCUCCAGCAUUAGCAACCAUAGACAUUCCCAUCACUAACCCAUUACAGCGUGACCCAAUGUCUCCCAUCACUAACCCAUUACAGCGUGACCCAGUGUCUCCCAUCACUAACCCAUUACAGCGUGACCCAGUGUCUCCCAUCACUAACCCAUUACAGCGUGACCAGUGUCUCCCAUCACUAACCCAGUACAGCGUGACCCAGUGUCUCCCAUCACUAACCCAUUACAGCGUGACCCAGUGUCUCCCAAGAGUCUCCCAUCACUAACCCAUUUACAGCGUGACCCAGUGUCUCCAUCACAACCCCAUUACAGCGUGACCCCAGCGUCUCCCAUCACUAACCCAUUACAGCGUGACCCAGUGUCUCCCAUCACUAACCCAUUACAGCGUGACCCAGUGUCUCCCAAGUGUCUCCCAUCACUAACCCAUUACAGCGUGACCCAGCGUCUCCCAUCACUAACCCAUUACAGCGUGACCCAGUGUCUCCCAUCACUAACCCAUUACAGCGUGACCCAGUGUCUCCCAUCACUAAACCCAUUACAGCGUGACCCAGUGUCUCCCCCUCACUAACCCAUUACACAGCGUGACCCAGUGUCUCCCAAGAGUCUCCCAUCACUAACCCAUUACAGCGUGACCCAGUGUCUCCCAUCACUAACCCAUUACAGCGUGACCCAGUGUCUCCCAUCACUAACCCAUUACAGCGUGACCCAGCGUCUCCUAUCACUAACCCAUUACAGCGUGACCCAGUGUCUCCCAUCACUAACCCAUUACAGCGUGACCCAGUGUCUCCCAUCACUAACCCAUUACAGCGUGACCCAGUGUCGCCCAUCACUAACCCAUUCACAAGCGUGACCCAGUGUCUCCCAUCACUAACCCAUUACAGCGUGACCCAGUGUCUCCCAUCACUAACCCAUUACCAACACCGUGACCCAGUGUCUCCCAUCACUAACCCAUUACAACAGCGUGACCCAGUGCUCCCAUCACUAACCCAUUACAAACAUGACCCAGUGUCUCCCAAGUGUCUCCCAUCACUAACCCAUUACAGCGUGACCCAGUGUCUCCCAUCACUAACCCUUACAAAGCGUGACCCAGUGUCUCCCAUCACUAACCCAUUACAGCGUGACCCAGCGUCUCCCAUCACUAACCCAUUACAGUGUGACCCAGUGUCUCCCAUCACUAACCCAUUACAGCGUGACCCAGUGUCUCCCAUCACUAACCCAUUACAGCGUGACCCAGUGUCUCCCAUCACUAACCCAUUACAGCGUGACCCAGUUUUCUCCCAUCACUAACCCAUUACAACACAGCGUGACCCAGUGUCUCCCAUCACUAACCCAUUACAGCGUGACCCAGUUCUCCCAUCACUAACCCAUUACAGUGUGACCCAGUGUCUCCCAUCACUAACCCAUUACAGCGUGACCCAGUGUCUCCCAAGUGUCUCCCAUCACUAACCCAUUACAGCGUGACCAGUGUCUCCCAUCACUAACCCAAUACAGCGUGACCCAGCGUCUCCCAUCACUAACCCAUUACAGCGUGACCCAGUGUCUCCCAAGAGUCUCCCAUCACUAACCCAUUACAGCGUGACCCAGUGUCUCCCAUCACUAACCCAUUACAGCGUGACCCAGUGUCUCCCAUCACUAACCCAUUACAGCGUGACCCAGCGUCUCCCAUCACUAACCCAUUACAGCGUGACCCAGUGUCUCCCAAGAGUCUCCCAUCACUAACCCAUUACAGGGCUGCCGAUACGGAGGACCCCUACGAACGCAUGGUACGGCCCAAACACUCACCUAUCUACGUAUAAACGCAUGGUACGGCCCAAACACUCACCUAUCUACGUAUAAACGCAUGGUACGGCCCCCCUAAUUAUGAACGCACGGUACGGCCCAAACACUCACCUCUAAUUAUGAACGCAUGGUACGGCCCAAACACUCACCUCUAAUUAUGAACGCAUGGUACGGCCCAAACACUCACCUCUAAUUAUGAACGCAUGGUACGGUCCAAACACUUCACCUCAAUUAUGAACGCAUGGUACGGCCCAAACACUCACCUCUAAUUAUGAACGCAUGGUAACGGCCCAAACACUCACCUCUAAUUAUGAACGCAUGGUAUGGCCCAAACACUCACCUCUCUAAGUCGUAUAUAGCUUUAUGGUUACAGUUCAAAAAAAUAGAGAGACUCAUUAGAUGACGUUAAACCUCUUGAUAUUAGGAUGGAGGUCUCCAGCAUUAGCACCAAUAGACAUUCCCAUCACUAAACCCAUUACUACAGCGUGACCCAAUGUCUCCCAUCACUAAACCCAUUACAAAGCGUGACCCAGUGUCUCCCAUCACUAACCCAUUACAGCGUGGACCCAGUGUCUCCCAUCACUACCCAUUACAACGUGACCCAGUGUCUCCCAUCACUAACCCAUUACAGCGUGACCAGUGUCUCCCAUCACUAACCCAGUACAGCGUGACCCAGUGUCCUCCCAUCACUAACCCAUUACAGCGUGACCCAGUGUCUCCCAAGAUCUCCCAUCACUAACCCAUUACAAGCGUGACCCAUGUCUCCCAUCACUAACCCAUUACAGCGUGACCCAGUGUCUCCCAUCACUAACCCAUUACAGCGUGACCCAGUGUCUCCCAUCACUAACCCAUUACAGCGUGACCCAGCGUCUCCCAUCACUAACCCAUUACAGCGUGACCCAGUCAUCACUAACCCAUUACAGCGUGACCCAGUGUCUCCCAUCACUAACCCAUUACCAGCGUGACCCAGUGUCUCCCAUCACUAACCCAUUACAGCGUGACCCAGUGUCUCCCAUCACUAACCCAGUACAGCGUGACCCAGUGUCUCCCAUCACUAACCCAUUACAGCGUGACCCAGUGUCUCCCAUCACUAACCCAUUACAUCAGCGUGACCCAGUGUCUCCCAUCACUAACCCAUUACAAAGCGUGACCCAGUGUCUCCCAUCACUAACCCAUUACAGCGUGACCCAGUGUCUCCCAUCACUAACCCAUUACAGCGUGACCCAGUGUCUCCCAUCACUAACCCAUUACAGCGUGACCCAGUGUCUCCCAUCACUAACCCAUUACAGCGUGACCCAGUGUCUCCCAGUGUCUCCAUCACUAACCCAUUACAGCUGACCCAGUGUCUCCCAGUUCUCCCAUCACUAACCCAUUACAACAAGCGUGACCCAGUGUCUCCCAUCACUAACCCAUUACAGCGUGACCCAGCGUCUCCCAUCACUAACCCAUUACAAGCGUGACCCAGUGUCUCCCAUCACUAACCAUCAUUACAAGACGUGACCCAGUGUCUCCCAUCACUAACCCAUUACAGCGUGACCCAGUGUCUCCCAUCACUAACCCAUUACACCGUGACCCAGUGUCUCCCAUCACUAACCCAUUACAGCGUGACCCAGAGUCUCCAUCACUAACCCAUUACAGCGUGACCCAGUGUCUCCAUCACUAACCAGUACAGCGUGACCCAGCGUCUCCCAUCACUAACCCAUUACAGCGUGACCCAGUGUCUCCCAUCACUAACCCAUUACAGCGUGACCCAGCGUCUCCCAUCACUAACCCAGUACAGCGUGACCCAGUCCCUGGUACUGAGAGACAUGUUAGAUCGUCUAUAUCUGUGCACUGCUGUGGCAUUGACAGUGACAAGCCCAAAGUAAACAUUCUGAAGGACAGACCUGGCCUUCCAGAGACAAAGGCCAGAAAUAUGCUCCGAUGCAGCUGCCGACCUUGUUCAAUCUCCCAUCUGUUGUUCUACUGGCUUUGUGAUCAUAACAGGACAGUGUGUGAAUACUCAUGUUUUACUUGUUAGAUAAAAGACUAUGACGUUUCGUACUGGGAUGUUGUAAACCAGUAUGUUCCAGGGGUUUUACUGGUGUUUAGUUUAUGGUAUCAUGCAGUAUUUGAUACACAAAGGGUUUAUGCAUAACUUUUAGCAGAGGAGAAUUGUGUUUCAGUGUAACGCCAGCAGCCAUAUUGACGUAAGGCAUUGUGUGUGUUUUAUGCAGUUAACUUUCGUUUUUUUGGAUUGUGUUGCUGUUUCUCUGCUGCAGGCCAUUAUGGCAGCGUUCGUCAUCUCAGGAUACUCCUCCACGUACUACAGAGCGGGAAGCAAGCCAUUCAACCCUUUACUGGGAGAGACAUAUGAAAGU